UCCACGGCGCAGAGCUCAUGAGAUGAGCCUACUGGGUGGCUAUAAGAAAAAGCCCUGCAGUUACGAUGGCUAUGAAUCUUUACAGUUGGUCGAUAGCAGCGGAGGCGUCAAUAACGGAGGAGGGAGACGCAGCGGAAUCGGCGGAGGCUUGGUAUCAGCAGCAACCCUAGGAGGACCGAAGGCAGGCCCACUGCGGGAGAACGACUGCAGCACCAUGGACAGCUCAGGUAAGCGGCGGCUCGCCAUGGGAGGCAGUGUGGCUCACGCACAGCAAGCAAGGCCAAGCUGGGGAUAAUGCGGAUCUGUUGCAUGCGAGGUAGAGCACGCCUCUCGCUGUGUGAUACUCCCUGAAAUAUAUUUCAUUGGAAUAAGAUCAGUGUAAAUAGGUUAACAUAGAUUAUCUAGACAUUUCUGUCUUAGUGUUUCCGUGCAUUGCAUCAUGUAAUCGUGGUGUCUCCUUAUAUUGUAGCCUAUAUUGUUUAGCUUUUAUUUUGUGUGAGUAGAGCUGAUCUCAUCAUAGCAGUUUAUUUUGUGUGAGUAGAGCUGAUCUCAUCAUAGCAGUUUAUUUUGUGUGAGUAGAGCUGAUCUCAUCAUAGCAGUUUAUUUUGUGUGAGUAGAGCUGAUCUCAUCAUAGCAGUUUAUUUUGUGUGAGUAGAGCUGAUCUCAUCAUAGCAGUUUAUUUUGUGUGAGUAGAGCUGAUCUCAUCAUAGCAGUUUAUUUUGUGUGAGUAGAGCUGAUCUCAUCAUAGCAGUUUAUUUUGUGUAAGGAGAGCUGAUCUCAUUAUAGCAGUUAAUAUUGUGUGAGUAGAGCUGAUCUCAUCAUAGCAGUUUAUUUUGUGUGAGUAGAGCUGAUCUCAUCAUAGCAGUUUAUUUUGUGUGAGUAGAGCUGAUCUCAUUAUAGCAGUUUAUUUUGUGUGAGUAGAGCUGAUCUCAUCAUAGUAGUUUAUUUUGUGUGAGUAGAGCUGAUCUCAUCAUAGCAGUUUAUUUUGUGUGAGUAGAGCUGAUCUCAUCAUAGCAGUUUAUUUUGUGUGAGUAGAGCUGAUCUCAUUAUAGCAGUUCAUAUUGUGUGAGUAGAGCUGAUCUCAUCAUAGCAAUUUAUUUUGUGUGAGUAUAGCUGAUCUCAUUAUAGCAGUUUAUUUUGUGUUGAAAUAACAUCAUUAUGUCUAUUUUAGCGUUCACUACUAGGCUAAAAUAAAUGCUGAAUGUUGCAGACUUUUAUUAAGCUACCUAUAUUUUAAUAAAACUGAAAUUAAUGUAAUUUAACAUGCACACAUUAGACCAUCUACAUAGUCCCUAUCAAUCACCCUGCUGUGGUGUAGCCCUAAGACUUGAUUAACAGUGACAGUAAUAGACAGCUUGACAAUAGCUAACAUGGCAUAAAAACUAACACUAACCCAAUAAUACGCUCUAUCCUUCAUUGUUCCUUUUGAAGAAUUGUAUGAAGGGAAUUUCCUGCAUACAGUUGCCUAUAUGUCAUUGGAGAGUUAAAAGGCCACAGUUCAUUGUCAGUGAGUGGGUGGUAGUGUUGUGAACAGGGAUAUAUCAACCAGGGCCCAGAUUCACAAAACACUUCUUAUGCAAAAAUGUAAGAAGAUUCUUAAGAAAAAAAAUAUGAAGUUCAUAAAAUAGUUUGUAAGUGCAAUUCCUCAACAAUAUCUUAAGAUUUAAUGAUUUUCUUACGAACUUCUCAAAUAUCUUCUUACAAAUCUUCUUAAGAUGUAUGUUGCUAGGCAACCGUUUUAGCUAGCUAUCUAGCUAGCAAUAGCAAUGAUGUUAGCGUAUUUAUUACUGCGAUUACUGUUCUAAAACAUGUUCUUGGGUUUAAAAUUAUAAAUACUGAACAUUUCAGAUGAAGUUUGUGAGUGAAUUAAACAUGUUCAAUUGCUUUCAUGAGCUUUUUCUCUCACUGCCCUGAGUUUAAGAAAAGGGUUUAGCUAUCUUGGAGUUAGGUUAAAGGGUUAAGGUUAGGGGAAGGGUUAGCUAAAAGGGUUAAGGUUAGGGUUAGGGGAAGGGUUAGCUAAAAGGGUUAAGGUUAGGGUUAGGGGAAGGGUUAGCUAAAAGGGUUAAGGUUAGGGUUAGGGGAAGGGUUAGCUAAAAGGGUUAAGGUUAGGGUUAGGUGAAGGGUUAGCUAAAAGGGUUAAGGUUAGGGUUUGGGGAAAGGUUAGCUAACAUGCUUAGUAGGUGCAAAGUAGCUAAAAAAUAGUAAGUAGUUGAAAAGUUGCUAAUUAGCUAAAAUGCUAAAGUUGUCCGUGAUGAGAUAUGAACUCUCAACCUUUGGGUUUCUAGACGUUUGCGUUAUACGCCCACCCUCCUUUUGUUUUUGCCUUAAGUAACCAGCUGUCUUAUGUAACCAUAUAAAACGUAACAUAUCAUACUAAAUGGAGUGUCUCAGAUUUAUGUACAGAAUAAUACGAAAUGCUCUGAGACCAGGUUGGAUAUAUCUACAGCACACUGCAGUGCACUGAAAGACCUGGCCUUAGGGACUGGGUCUAUCUGAGCUGAGGGAAGUGUAGGAUGCAUAGGGAAGGGGAGGGGAGGGGAGGGGAGAGAGAGAGAAGGGGGGAGAGGGGAGGAGGGAGAGGAGGACAUAGCCCUCUGAGAUAGCUGAGUGUCAGGUGAGUCUGCCUGGGCUAGCUGGCUGGCUGUAUGGGGUCUGUAUCUCCUGCCCCCUCUGCUUCUCUCUGUGCCUGUGCAGUUUUGCUCAGUAGACAUCAGAGCUCUGCAGACUCCCAUCUCCAUCUGGUCAGUUGUGUUUGGCAGGCAAGCCAGCACACAGGCAGACUGAACGACUCACUGACCAACUGACUAAAUUCAACACACCUGGUCUUCCAGGUCGGUUAAAUCAAACACACAAAGUGCUGCAGCAGUCCAGGACCGGGUUGACUACCCCUGGUCUAUGUCCUGUAAAUCUCCAGGGUGUUUGAAAGGGAUUGGUGAGACCACCAGGCACCAUCAGCGCACCAUCAGCUUGGCAUCAGAAAAUGUCUAUUAUGUGAGAAAUUUCACAUUGGAAAUGCCAACUUCCCUAUCUCCCCAACUCCAGGGCAGCGCUCUUACAGUAGAGCUGUUUUGUUGACAUGAAGUGAAUAAUAGAUGGCUGGAUCCCGUCACUGCAGUCCGCUGUGAAUAUUCAAGUCUUAAAGGAAAAUUGUGCAUCAUACAGGGAUGAUUUCUGUAUUUUGAAAGUUACAUAUCUUGGAAACUUGAUUGCUGACAAGCAAAACAUUUUGGGACUAUGUCAACAAUGGACUAAUGAAACAAAUGGCAAAAUAUAGUUUUGGGGUGGAGUUUUCCUUUAAAUGAAGGGGAACAUAGUAGUGUGGUGCAUAUCUGCUGCUAUAUCAAUCAUGUUUUGUGGGUGUUAAUGUCCCACAUAGUCAGUAUUGAUGCCAAGCAGCCUGUCCCGUCCAGACAGAUGAAUCAUAGACUCUUGUCUUAUCAGCAGCAUCUAUAAUAAAGAGGCCCACAUGUCGCUACUGCAGUACACAGGCCUACCUGCUCUGUCUGUUUGUCUGUCUGUUUGUCUGCGUCUCUUUGUCUGUUUCUCUGUCUCUCUCUGUCUGUCCCAUUCACCCUGCACCGGAUGGAGGGUAUAAAGGAUGAAGGUUGGGGCUGUUGAAGGAGAGAGAGAGGCACAUUGAGACUGUGCUUGUAUUGAUCUCUGACCGGGGCCAAGUCUCUUUCUGGGCCAGCGGCUCUCUGACUGGGCCUUUCUCUCACAUCAGAGGUGCCUGACUGGAGUAGGGAGGGUGGAGGGAUGAAAGGGAGGAGAGUGAGAGGUCGGAGUUCAGAGAGCAGUAACCAACUCUAAGGGAUGGCUGUGGUGGAGGCUUUGAAGUAUUCCUCUAGAUACCUCUCUGACUUUAAAAGAGGGACAAGCUGACUGGUCACAUAGUCUGAAAGAGGGUGCUAAAUAAUGUCCAAGAGGUACAAUUAGUAUUAAAGUAACUGUCCAGUGAAAACUUCAGUUCAUAUUCUGUUACCUCAUACCCAAAUAAUGUUGUUGACUCGUAUUUGUAGCUAACACAUAAGUUGGAGAAAAAACAGUGAAAAAACCCCACCUCAAACUUGUAUCUCAAACAGACCAUUUCAAAAAUGUUUGCUAUUCCCUGCCUAUAUCCUGCCUCAUUGGCUGAGCUGGCCAAUGAGCAGUCUAUUCGCAUUAAUAUUAUUAAUGACCAGAAUACGCCCACACCAUUCCACACCAUUCCAACACAGAAAAGCUGCUUUUAACAUAUUUAAUAAAAACAUUUUCGAAGGAAAAGUAUUUAUCUCAUUUUGUAAACACUACAUUACCAAAAGUAUGUGGAUACCUGCUCGUCGAACAUCUCAUUCCAAAAUCAUGGGCAUUAAUAUGGAGUUGGUCCACCCUUUGCUGCUAUAACAGCCUCCACUCUUCUGGGAAGGCUUUCCACUAGAGGUUGGAACAUUGUUGCGGGGACUUCCUUCCAUUCAGCCACAAGAGCAUUAGUGAGGUCGGGCACUGUCGGCGUUGCAAUUCAUCCCAAAGGUGUUCAAUGAGGUUGAGGUCAGGGCUCUGUGCAGGCCAGUCAAGUUCUUCCACACCGAUCUCGACAAACCAUUUCUGUGUCGACCUCGCUUUAUGCACGGGGGCAUUGUCAUGCUGAAACAGGAACGGGCCUUCCCCAAACUGUUGCUACAAAGUUGGAAGCACAGAAUCGUCUAGAAUGUCGGCUCAGCCGCGAAGUGAUAGGCCAAACAAGCUCACAGAACGGGACUACCGAGUGCUAAAACGCGUAGGCCAUAAAAAUUGUCUGUCCUCGGUUGCAACACUCACUACCGAGUUCCAAACUGCCUCUGGAAGCAACGUCAGCACAAGAACUGUUCGUCAGGAGCUUCAUAAAAUGGGUUUCCAUGGCCAAGCAGCCGCACACAAGCCUAACAUCACCAUGUGCAACGCCAAACGUCGGCUGGAGUGGUGUAAAGUUCGCCGCCAUUGGACUCUGGAGUAGUGGAAACGCAUUCUCUGGAGUGAUGAAUCACGCUUCACCAUCUGGCAGUCCGACGGACUAAUCUAGGUUUGGCGGAUGCCAGGAAAACACUACCUGCCAACUGUAAAGUUUGGUGGAAGAGGAAUAAUGGUCUGGAGCUGUUGUUCAUGGUUCGGGCUAGGCCCCUUAGUUGCAAUGAAGGGAAAUCUUAACAUUACAGCAUACAAUGACAUUCUAGACGAUUCUGUGCUUCCAACUUUGUGGCAACAGUUUGGGGAAGGCCCUUUCCUGUUUCAGCAUGACAAUGCCCCUGUGCACAAAGCAAGGUCCAUACAGAAAUAGGGGGACCAACUCCAUAUUAAUGCGCAUGAUUUUGGAAUGAGAUGUUCUACGAGCAGGUGUCCAUAUACUUUGGUCAUGUAGUUUAUUUCAUAGAACACUGGACAGUUACUUUAAGAUAUAGUUUAAUGAAUUAUUGUUCUAACCGAUGAGAAUCGUUGUGCAGUAGGCUAGGGGUGAUCUGUAGAUUUCCACUCAUGCAAAUGUAUUACUCUACAUUCACUAAUGACUGCAGCUGUGGAGGAGGGACUUCUAAUGCUGUGUUUGUGUCUGAGUUAGACUAUCACACCCUUAGAACUAAGAAUUAGAACUCUAUCACACCCUUAGAACUAAGAAUUAGAACUCUAUCACACCCUUAGAAUUAGGAAUUAGAACUCGAUCACACCCUUAGAAUUAGGAAUUAGAACUCGAUCACACCCUUAGAAUGAGGAAUUAGAACUCGAUCACACCCUUAGAAUGAGGAAUUAGAACUCGAUCACACCCUUAGAAUGAGGAAUUAGAACUUUAUCACACCCUUAGAAUUAGGAAUUAGAACUCGAUCAUACCCUUAGGACAAGGAAUUAGAUCACACCCUUCAUUUAGGAUAUAGAAUACUAUGUUUACUCAACUUGGCUUUAAACACAAGCAUAUUCAGGUGAAAUUGGAAAUAAUUCUGCCUGUCAGAUACCAGACACCUCUUAGGAGUGUUGACAGUCUGAAUUUAGAGUUGAAGGAGAAGAGGGAGAGACAUGUUUCUGCAUCAGCAGUGUGUAGGAGAAGGUUAGCAAUCUCUCUCAGUUAGCAGUGGCAUUUCCCAAUGAGAUUGCUGUAUGAAUCCUGUCGACAGUCUCGAGUGCUUGUGUCUCGAAAAUAGGCUUGAUGCUAUCACUCUCACUCUAACUAUAGAUUACCCCAUUUCCCUCGAGUGUGUGUGUGUGUGUGUGUGUGUGUGUGUGUGUGUGUGUGUGUGUGUGCGUGUGUGUGUGUGUGCAUUUGUGUGGUAUGGUAAGGCUGUUUUCCCCACACAAUUAUCACACAAUUAUCACACACACACACACACACACACACACACACACUUGUAUUAGGACAUAAAGGCAGCCCUCCAAUUCACACAAAAUGUCCCUUUUACCAUCAUGAUGGAUUUCCUGUCUUCUGAGACUCUAUUAAAUGUGUUGAAAUCAAGUCAAAGGAAUGCAGUCAGUGCACACUCAGGUGCCUCCUAGAUGCCAGAAUGGAGCCCCUGCUCAGGCUUAAUCACCCACUUGAAGCAGUCCUUUGCUUGAUUGAUAAGCUCUUAGAUUUAAAUUGCUCUGUAAAGACCAUAGCUCUACAGCACUUGAUUACUACUCCCUAAGACCUUCUAUAGAGGAACACUGGGUGUGUUGAGGCUCUGAGGUUUGUGUUAGUGAUAGUAGUGAUGGUGGUAGUGGUAGUUUUUAUUUUGAUUUAAUAACCUUUAUCUAUCCAGGAAAUCCCAGUGAGAUCAGGAAACCUCUUUUACAAGGGAGAUCUGACCUAAGUGUGUGUCCGUGUCCUCCAUCUCCAGAUAUGGACGCCAACAAUGGUGGAGGGCUGCUGCUGGACAUGGUGGAGGGCGUAGCUGGCAAGUAGUGAUAAUGGUAGUGGUAGUGGUGGUAGUGGUAGUAGUGGUGGUAGUAGUGGUAGUGGUAGUGGUAGUGGUGGUGGUAGUGGUGGUGGUAGUGGUAGUGGUAGUGGUGGUGGUAGUGGUGGUAGUAGUGGUGGUGGUAAUGGUGGUAGUGGUAGUAGUGGGGUGGUUAGUGGUAGUGGUAGUGGUAGUGGUAGUGGUAGUGGGUGGUGUGGUGUGGUGGUGGGUAGUGGUGGGUGGUGGUGUGGUGUGUGGGGUAGUUGUGGUUUGUGUGGUUGUGGUGUGUCGUGGUAGUGGUGGUGUGUGUGUGUGUGGUGUGGUGGUGGUCGGGUGGUGUGGUGUGGUUGGUGUGGUGGUGUUGGUCGUGGUGGUGGUGGUGGUGGUGGUGGUGGUGGUGGUCGUGGUGUGUGUGGUGGUGGGUGGUUGGUGUGGGUGGUGGUUGGUGUGUGGUGUGGGUGGUGGUGGUAGUGGUGUGUGUGGGGUAGUUGGUGGUGUGUGGUUGGUGGUAUGUAGUGGUGUAGGUGUAUGUGGUGGUGGUGGGUGUGUGGUGUUUGUGGUGGUAGUGGUAGUGGUGGUGUGUGGUUUGGUGUGUCGUGUGGUGGUGGUGUGGUGGUGGUGGUCUUUAGUGGGGUUUGGGUGGGUGGUGGUUUAGUGGGUUGGUGUGUGUGGUGUGUGGUUGGUGUGGUGUGGUGGUAGUGGUGAGUUUGGGUGGGGGGGUGUGGUGGUGGGUGGUGGUAGUGGUGAUAGUGUGGGUGGUGUGUGUGGUGGUGGUUGUAGUGUGGGUGGUGGAUAGUGUGGAGGGUGGUUUGGUGUGUGGGUUGUGGUGUAGUUGGUAGUUGGUGGUAGUAUUGUGGUGGUGUGUUGUGGUAGUGUGGUUGUUGGUGGUUGGUGGUGGUGGUGUGCUUCUUUCUUGGUGGGUGUCGUCUUAGUGUGGUCGUAGGUGGUGGUGUGUCUCUAUGGUGGUGGUCGUUUGUGGUGUGUGGUAGUCGUGUCUCUCUGGUUGGUGCUCGUCUUUUGUGUGGUCUGGUGGUGGUCGUCGUCGUGGUUUGUGGGUCGUCGUCUCUCUUGUGUGUGUUGUCUCUCUCGUGGUGGUCAGUGGUGGUGGUGGUAACGAUGCUCGCGUGGGGGUGGUGGUGUAUGGUGGUGGUAGUGGUGGCGUGUGUCUUCGUGUGCUCUCUCUCUCCCUGCAUUGCCGCUCUCUCACUCCCUAUCAUCUCGUCUCUCCUCUCUCUCUCUCUCGUCUCUCUCGGCUCUCUCUCAUCUCUCUUCCCUCUCUCGUCUAUCCUCACUCCCUCUCUUCUCGCUCAUCUCUCUCCUCCUCGUCCCCUCGUCUCUCUUCUCUCUCUCUCUCUCUCUCUCUUUCUUUCUUUAACAGUUUAUCAGUCCAAUUAGUGUGCUUGUUAUUGUAUAUGUUGCAUGUUGUCUCUGUGCCCAUGUUGUUAUAUUUGUUUGUCUGUGCUGUGCUGCAUAUAGUGUGUCUCUACAUACAUCUACAUGUCGGUCUCCGUCUGUCUCCGUCUGUCUCUGUCCGUCUCUGUCCGUCUCUGUCCGUCUCUGUCGGUCUCCGUCUGUCUCUGUCCGUCUCUGUCCGUCUCUGUCUGCAUUCUCAGUGUGUUUCUGUGUGUUUCUCCUUUAAUUCUUAAUUGUAAAGGUCCUCCAUCUCCAGAUAUGGACGCGAACUAUGGCGGAGGCCUGCUGGACAUGGUGAAGGGUGGAGCCGGCAAGUUCUUCAGCAACUUCAAGGAUAACCUGAAGGACACUCUAAAGGACACCUCCACCAAAGUCAUGCACCAGGUGGCCACGUAAGUCCCAACAACCACCCCCCACCCCCUUACCUCAUACCUUUCCUGACCCCAGAAGACUACCUAUCCCCUGGCUCUGGCAAGGGGAAUAUGAUGUGACUGUGCCCCACAUUGGAGCUCCUUGGCUGGGGUAAGUUGACAUGCCCCUGCCCCUGCCAAUAGCUCUGCUAUAGCUAACCUCCCCGUAUGAAAACAUACUAUAAUGUAUACUAUGGUAGGAAUACUAUAGUAUUCACUGUAGUGUUUUUGCGGACUGAAGACCUCUUUUACAAGGGAGACCUGAACUAAGUGUGUGUCCGUGUCCUCCAUCUCCAGAUAUGUAAUCCAUACUGUAGUAUUUACAGAGUACUAUAGUAUAAAUAAUGUAGUAAAAAAAAGAGAGUAGUAUAUACUAUAGUAAUUAAUGUAGUGUUUUUGCGGACUGUAGUAUACUGUAGUGUUAUUGCAGACAUUACUGUAGUAUUUACUCAAGUUUACUAAAGUUCUGACCGGAGAGUUCAUAGCUUCUGCUCUUUUCUAUAACCAUAGGGAACACGAUAUAUGGCGUAUACUUGGCAUGUAGGUUUCUCACUUACGGGUGGCACAAAUUGUGAAAUGGGCAGAUUAUAUGCAAAUUAAAUACUGUAGUAUUUAGUAUAUAUAUUUUUUUGUGUUUUUGCAGACAGUUGUGUUUUUGCAGAUAUUUCUGUAGUAUCUACUAAAGGUUUUUUUGUUUGGAUAAUGCUGAAGUAUUUACUAUAGUAUUCUGCAGUAUACUACACAAUUCGAUACUAAGUACUACACAUGAUCGAGGGAUUCUACAGUGUGUAGUAUAAUAUUCUAUAGUUUACUACAGAAUUCUAUAGUAAGUACUUUAGUAUUCUAUAGUAAACUGUAGUAUAUUUUUAUGUGGGUCCAUGCAAUUGUGUCUAUUGUCUAAGGCAGAAAUAUCUGUCUGACCCAGUUCUGGUUCCCAUGCUAGACUGACUCACAGGAUGGUAAAUUAGAUUAUGCUGUUUUCUUUACGGAACAUUGCCAGCCAGUACUUUUUGAAAAUGCAAAAAACUAGAUUUUAUGUUCACCGGCAAGCUGUCGAAAGUGAGACAUAUACAGCUGGUGGGAGUUGUAGUUCAUGUGUGUAGUUGUAAUGAAACGGUUGUAACUUUUCGGCUUUGUGCUUCUUCUUGGCCGUCAAAUAAGUUGAAAACCGGCAUAUGGUAGGUGAAUUCACUCUGAAACACGUAUACAGUAUAUCUUAAAUUACAGUGUUUUCAUGACUUUGACGAUGCAAAUGUGAGGUUUGUUCUUAGCCUACAAAACGAGGAUCCAGGAAGUGCCACUUUCUUACCGUAUAGCGUUCUGAGACUGGGCCUAGUAGCUCUCUCAGUGUGCCUGCUGGGCUCUAGCAUGUAAGUGUGAGAGGAGGAGACUGUGUUAUCACCCAGCUGAGAUAUUUACAUGUCAUUCCUGGUUGCUGUGGUUCCUUGAGCUGUGAAACAUGGAAUGGGGUAACAAUGCCUGGGCUGAUUACACAUGGUUUUACACACAGCGACACACCUCUAUGGAUCUACAGUUACAUUACAGCAACAAUGAGAUAACACUUUAGACUAUAUUGCCGAAAUGGUUGGCCAUUUUUCACUGUGAGACACUGAGAGGUAUUCUUUGAAUUGUAUCUGUAUAUGAGAUGAAAUAUUAGUCAAUUAGAUAGCUGAUAGAAAAGGCUGACUAGAUCUUUCCUGAAGGGAGUGUGAGGGGAAACAGAUGAGUGGAGGAGGAGAAGGGGAGGAACAGUAGAAGGGGUGUAGAGGGAUGAAGAACAGGAGGGGGAGAGGAAUGAGGGAGAGAGGCUGUCGAGUCUGGCACCGCUGGGUCCUGUGAGAGAGUAUUUCUGCGCAGGCGUCUUCAGCGGACACACAAAGGGGCCUCUGUACUGUCAGACAGUGAGCAGGCCUCUCGAGACCCACGCCUUGUCCACACACUCUCUCUUUAACCCUGCCACACACACCCGCAUGCACACACGCACAUACACACACACAUACACACACACACUCGUCUCUCUGGACCCUUUGGAACAGUGUCGUUCACAGAGCAGGGACGGGGCAGAGCUGGGGCACAUUGAUUCAGUAUGUCGAUCACAGUUUUCUGCUGAUAAGCUUGUCUCUGGCCUAGUCUCGUCUUUUCUCCUCCCUUCUCCCAUCCUUUCCAGUGGUGGAAAAAGUUCCCAAUUGUCAUACAUAAGUAAAAGUAAAGAUACCUUAAUAGAAAAUGACUCAAGUAAAAGUGAAACUCACCCAGUAAAAUACCACUUUUAAAUAUACUUAAGUAUCAAAAGUAAAUGUAAUUUCUAAAAUAUACUUAAGUAUCAUAAGUAAAAGUAAAAGUAUGAAUCAUUUCAAAUUCCUUACAUAAAGCAAACCAGACUGCACCAUUUUCUUGUUUUUUAGCCAGGGGCAUACUCCAACACUCAGACACUCCCUGACGGGCCGCCCCAUGUGGUAAGGGUAGGCAACAACACAUCUGCCACGCUGAUCCUCAACACGGGGGUCCCUCAGGGGUGCGUGCUUAGUCCCCUCCUGUACUCCCUGUUCACCCAUGACGACGUGGCCAAGCACGACUCCAACACCAUCAUUAAGUUUGCCGAUGACACAACGGUGGUAGGCCUGAUCGCCGACAACGAUGAGACAGCCUAUAGGAAGGAGGUCAGAGACUUGGCAGUGUGGUGCCAGGACAACAACCUCUACCUCAACGUGAUCAGGACAAUAGGUGAUCGUGGACUACAGGAAAUGGAGGGCCGAGCACACCCCUAUUCUCAUCGAUGGGGCUGUAGUGGAGCAGGUUGAGAGCUUCAAGUUCCUUGGUGUCCACAUCAUCAACAAACUAUCAUGGUCAAACACACCAAGACAGUCGUGAAGAGGGCACGACAACGACUAUUCCCCCUCAGGAGACUGAAAAGAUUUGCCAUGGGUCCUCAGAUCCUCAAAAAGUUAUACAGCUGCACCAUCGACAGCAUCCUGACUGGUUGCAUCACCGCCUGGUAUGGCAACUGCUCGGCCUCCAACCGCAAGGCACUACAGAGGGUAGUCCGUACGGCCCGGUACAUCACUGGGGCCAAGCUUCCUGCCAUCCAGGACCUCUAUACCAGGCGGUGUCAGAGGAAGGCCCUAAAAAUUGCCAAAGACACCAGCCACCCUAGUCAUAGACUGUUUUCUCUGCUACCACACGGCAAGCGGUACCGGAGCGCCAAGUCUAGGUCCAAAAGGCUUCUUAACAGCUUCUACCCCCAAGCCAUAAGACUGCUGAACAGCUAAUCAAAUGGCUACCUGGACUAUUUGCAUUGACCCCCUGCCCUUUAUUUACGGUGCUGCUACUCACUGUUUACUAUCUACAGUGAGGGAAAAAAGUAUUUCAUCCCCUGCUGAUUUUGUACGUUUGCCCACUGACAAAGAAAUGACCAGUCUAUCAUUUUAAUGGUAGCUUUAUUUGAACAGUGAGAGACAGAAUAACAACAAAAAAAUCCAGAAAAACGCAUGUCAAAAAUGUUAUAAAUUGAUUUGCAUUUUAAUGAGGGAAAUAAGUAUUUGACCCCCUCUCAAUCAGAAAGAUUUCUGGCUCCCAGGUGUCUUCUAUACAGGUAACAAACUGAGAUUAGGAGCACACUCUUAAAGGGAGUGCUCCUAAUCUCAGUUUGUUACCUGUAUAAAAGACACCUGUCCACAGAAGCAAUCAAUCAAUCAGAUUCCAAACUCUCCACCAUGGCCAAGACCAAAGAGCUCUCCAAGGAUGUCAUGGACAAGAUUGUAGACCUACACAAGGCUGGAAUGGGCUACAAGACCAUCGCCAAGCAGCUUGGUGAGAAGGUGACAACAGUUGGUGCGAUUAUUCGCAAAUGGAAGAAACACAAAAGAACUGUCAAUCUCCCUCGGCCUGGGGUUCCAUGCAAGAUCUCACCUUGUGGAGUUGCAAUGAUCAUGAGAACGGUAAGGAAUCAGCCCAGAACUACACGGGAGGAUCUUGUCAAUGAUCUCAAGGCAGCUGGGACCAUAGUCGCCAAGAAAACAAUUGGUAACACACUACGCCGUGAAGGACUGAAAUCCUGCAGAGCCCGCAAGGUCCCCCUGCUCAAGAAAGCACAUAUACACGCCUGUCUGAAGUUUGCCAAUGAACAUCUGAAUGAUUCAGAGGAGAACUGGGUGAAAGUGUUGUGGUCAGAUGAGACCAAAAUUGAGCUCUUUGGCAUCAACUCAACUCACCGUGUUUGGAGGAGGAGGAAUGCUGCCUAUGACCCCAAGAACACCAUCCCCACCGUCAAACAUGGAGGUGGAAACAUUAUGCUUUGGGGGUGUUUUUCUGCUAAGGGGACAGGACAACUUCACCGCAUCAAAGGGACGAUGGACGGGGCCAUGUACCGUCAAAUCUUGGGUGAGAACCUCCUUCCCUCAGCCAGGGCAUUGAAAAUGGGUCGUGGAUGGGUAUUCCAGCAUGACAAUGACCCAAAACACACGGCCAAGGCAACAAAGGAGUGGCUCAAGAAGAAGCACAUUAAGGUCCUGGAGUGGCCUAGCCAGUCUCCAGACCUUAAUCCCAUAGAAAAUCUGUUAUUGUUAUUUUAUUGUUGCUCUUUUAUUUUUUUAUUUUAUUUAGUAAAUAUUUUCUUAACUCUUAUUUUUCUUAAAACUGCAUUGUUGGUUAAGGGCUUGUAAGUAAGCAUUUCACUAGGUCUAAUUAAGAUUCUGUGUCAUUAUUGAGGUAAAAUUCAAAAACUGAAAAACCCUUCAAUCAACCACACAGGUUUUCUUUCACCCAACACGAUGUUCCCUAGAACAAAUGCAGUUGUGACAGGCAGACUGACUUUGCAGUGCUGUGUUCUGUACUGUUCUCAGUCAGUGUUGUAUUGGUUUAACUCUCCAAUAGCGAGAGAUAGAGAUAUGAGAGCGAUGAGACGAGAGAGAGAGAGAAGCAUAGAGAGUGAGCGAGAGAGAGAUAGAGAGCGCGAGUCAGAGCGAGGCGAGAGAGGGAUCGAGUAGAGAUAUAUAGAUGAUAGAGAUAUAGAUUAGAUAUCCGAAUAUAUAUAUAGAUAUAGAUAUCUCUCUCUCGCUAUCUAAUAUUUAGAGCUAUGAUAUAUUAUCUAUAUAUCCUCUCUCUCUCUCUCUUCUCUCUCUCCUUCUCUCUCUCCUCUCUCGCUCUCUCUCUCUCUCUCUCUCUCUCUAAUCUCUGAGCGCCUUUGUAUUUGCCUCAUGGACUUAAUUAUUAUGGAUGAUCCAUUCCUCUCCUCUCUGUCAGAAUCUACAGACAAACCCCAUCUGAAAAAUCGAUACUCUAUGCCCUGGCCUCUGACUCUGAUGUGUCACAGUAACCACAGGAAAUAUCGGGAAAUGCAAGCUCUACAAAAUGCCCCUGAGUGGUCAUAAUCACAGAUGGGCAGUAUUUCUGUUACAUGUAUUUGAAAUAUGUAUUUCAAUUACUUCUGAUUAUUUUGUAAUUUGUAUUACACUGAGCUGAACUACACUCCAAUGUAUUUGGUAACAAGAUACUUUAGAGAGCUGUAAUUUGAAUUUUCAAAAUUCAAAAUACUGUUCUAUACCAUUUAUUAUAGCUGUUCACAAUUUUGUGGCCCCCUUUCGCUUGUGAACUUAAGUGCACCAAACCUUCAUAUCAUAACCGCUAACCUCUACACACAGCCUACAUCGUUGUCACCAUAUUAGCUAACGUCAUAGUUAACAUAGCUACUAGAACUAACGUGUUAGUAAACCUGCUACAAUCAUGGAGUACAGUGUACAGUCAGCAAGCUGCAGCUUAUGCUUUCAGUACUAGAUUAAUUAUCUGAUCCUUUGAUUGGGUGGACAACAUGUCAGUUCAUGCUGCAAAAGCUUUGAUAGGUUGGAGGACGUCCUCCGGAAGUUGUCAUAAUUACUGUGUAAGUCUAUGGAAGGGUGAGAACCAUGAGCCUCCUAGGUUUUGUAUUGAAGUCAAUGUACCCAGAGGAGGACGGAAACUAUCUGUCCUCCGGCUACACCAUGGUGCUACCCUACAGAGUGCUGUUGAGGCUACUGUAGACCUUCAUUGCAAAACAGUGUGUUUUAAUCAAUUAUUUGGUGACAUGUGUAAAUAUUUAGUAUAGUUUUAUCUAAAAAGGAUAACUUUUUUAAUGUUUCACUAUUUCUAUUUUUCUGAAAUUUACUGAGGAGGAUGGUCCUCCUCUUCCUCUGAGGAGCCUCCAAUAGCAGCCAUAGUAAGCAGAGCUAGCAGCAGCUAGUACAGUUAGCAGAGCUAGCACUAGCAGCAGCUACUACAGUUAGCAGAGCUGGCGCUAGCAGCAGCUAGUACAGUUAGCAGAGCUAGCGCAAGCAGCAGCUAGUACAGUUAGCGGAGCUGGCGCUAGCCAUAUUAUCCAGAUAAGCUAACGCUGUUCACGCUGCAGGAGAGCACAACACAACACUGGAUCAAAAUAGAACACUGCUGUUGGUCCAAUUACCUCGUUAUGAGGAUUUGCCCACUGAUGCUUCCUCCUGUUCCCGCUUCCCCUCCUCCCUCUCUGCCCUCCCUCCCUGCCUCCCGCUCUUCCCUCCCUGCCUCCUCCUUCCCUGCCUCCCCUCCUCCAGUUGGGCUGUUGGGUAAUCAUGCAGGGCCAGGAUGGGAAGCCCUCAGGGCCAUAUGGCGCUCAUCCACCUCAGCACUUCACUAACCGACUAGUGGCCUAGAUAAUGGAUUUACAUUUACACCACAAGCAACAGGGCCCCAACCUAAUACACUUUAGGUUAUUUGUAUUGUCACUUGGAUUGUGUAGCUGUGGCCAGUAGGCUACAGGCCUAAAGCACAUUGACCCCUGUCUGUGUAUGUCCACUCCACUACAGCUUUGCUACAAUGUAAUUUUGAACCAUUACAUUAGAUACAAAUGUCACAACACAAAACAGUCGACAGAGUGUUCUAAACACUGUAAUUACAUAAUCUGAAAUGCAUUAACAUCUAUGUUUACAGAUACACAAAAGGAGAGCUGGACAUUGCCUACAUCACAUCACGAAUCAUAGGUGAGUACCGUAUAGAAACGUAAUUGUCGAACUGUAGUUUAAUUUUCUCAAUAUGGGGAACAGUAAGCCUGUUUUCGGGCUUCACAGGUUUCGUCUCAACCUAGCCAGCAAUAGACAUCUGGAUCUCUCAGUCUCCAGCCUCCUAUAAACAUUGCCUCACUUUUUCCCUGCACAACAGAUACUUUAAAGGGGGUGGGAUGGUGGGAUGUCUAGGAGGGUGGGAUGUCUAGGAGAGUGGGUGUACCAUUACACCCCUAAUAAAAACACAAAUGAUGCUCCACCCUUGUGAUGGGCCCCUCAUAGCAGGCAACACACACACACGCUUCCACCUCACACACCUGUCUGCUGUAAACAGAGGAGAGCUGUGCUGUGGAAACGUCUUCAUCUUCCUGUCCCUGACACACACGCACACACACACACACACACACACAACACACACACACACACACACCACACACACACACCACACACACACACACACCACACCACACACACACCACACACACACACACACACACACACACACACACACACACACACACACACACACACACACACUUUCAGUGUUGUGAGGCUGCAUGUAACAGCAGUCUGUCCUGCAGGCAGAUGCAGAGGACACAGUCACGCAGGCGUUACCUGGGGGCCCCUAUUCCAUCAUGCGUAGCGUGUCACCUCUGACCCCUCCUCUCACUGAACACUCAUUAUUAUUCUCUAUAACACUCCACAUGUAGCUGCACAUGACAGUCAAACCUGUUAUAAAACACCUGCAGUUAUAUUAUUUUAAACCCAAUUUUAAACUGAAUAAUAUUACUAUACAUAAAUCACAAACAGUACUCUCAUCAUUUCAAUAUUUAGUAUAAUUCCCUACCUUUUUAAAUGUGUAUAGCCCUCCUACUAAAUCCCCAAUCUGUCCGUCAUAUCCCCAAGCUGUCCCUCAUAUCCCCAAUCUGGCUCUCAUAUGCCCAAUCUGUCUCUCAUAUCCCCAAUCUGGCCCUCAUAUCCCCAAUCUAACCCUCAUAGCCCCAAUCUGGCCCUCAUAUCCCCAAUCUGGCUCUCAUGUCCCCAAUCUAGCCCUCAUAGCCCCAAUCUGGCCCUCAUAUCCCCAAUCUGGCCCUCAUAUCCCCAAUCUGGCCCUCAUACCAUCAUGGCCACCUAAUCAUCCCCAGCUUCCAAUUGGCUCGUUCAUCCUCCCUCCUCUCCCCUGUAACUAUUCCCCAGGUCAUUGCUGUAAAUGAGAAUGUGUUCUCAGUCAAUUUACCUGGUAAAAUAAGGGUUAAUAGUAUGGAUCAAAUCAAACACUGUCAUGGAACGCCAUGACAGUGUUUAAUAAUAGCAUAGUAUAUCCUAGCAUGCCUCAUCAUCACCUCUAUGGUGACUUGGAUUGCCCAUAUGUCUCCCUCUCUGUCCCCUGCCAAUGUCUCCCUCUCUGUCCCCUGCCAAUGUCUCCCUCUCUGUCCCCUGCCCAUGUCUCCCUCUCUGUCCCCUGCCCAUGUCUCCCUCUCUGUCCCCUGCCAAUGUCUCCCUCUCUGUCCCCUGCCAAUGUCUCCCUCUCUGUCCCCUGCCAAUGUCUCCCUCUCUGUACCCUGCCAAUGUCUCCCUCUCUGUCCCCUGCCCAUGUCUCCCUCUAUGUCCCCUGUCCAUGCCUCCCUCUAUGUCCCCUGCCCAUGUCUCCCUCUCUGUCCCCUGCCCAUGUCUCCCUCUCUGUCCCCUGCCCAUGUCUCUCUCUCUGUCCUCUUCCAAUGUCUCCCUCUCUGUCCCCUUCCCAUGUCUCCCUCUCUGUCCUCUUCCAAUGUCUCCCUCUAUGUCCCCUGCCAAUGUCUCCCUCUAUGUCCUCUUCCAAUGUCUCCCUCUCUGUCCUCUUCCAAUGUCUCCCUCUCUGUCCCCUGCCCAUGUAUCCCUCUCUGUCCCCUGCCAAUGUCUCCCUCUCUGUCCUCUUCCAAUGUCUCCCUCUCUGUCCCAUGCCAAUGUCUCCCUCUCUGUCCUCUUCCAAUGUCUCCCUCUCUGUCCCCUGCCAAUAUCUCAUUCUCUGACCCCUGCCAAUUACUCUCUAUCUGUCCUCUGCCAAUGUCUCCCUCUCUGUCCCGUGCCAAUGUCUCCCUCUCUGUCCCCUGCCUAUGUCUCCCUCUCUGUCCCCUGCCAAUGUCUCCCUCUCUGUCCCCUGCCAAUGUCUCCCUCUCUGUCCCCUGCCAAUGUCUCCCUCUCUGUACCCUGCCAAUGUCUCCCUCUCUGUCCCCUGCCCAUGUCUCCCUCUAUGUCCCCUGUCCAUGCCUCCCUCUAUGUCCCCUGCCCAUGUCUCCCUCUCUGUCCCCUGCCCAUGUCUCUCUCUCUGUCCUCUUCCAAUGUCUCCCUCUCUGUCCCCUGCCCAUGUCUCCCUCUCUGUCCUCUUCCAAUGUCUCCCUCUAUGUCCCCUGCCAAUGUCUCCCUCUAUGUCCUCUUCCAAUGUCUCCCUCUCUGUCCUCUUCCAAUGUCUCCCUCUCUGUCCCCUGCCCAUGUAUCCCUCUCUGUCCCCUGCCAAUGUCUCCCUCUCUGUCCUCUUCCAAUGUCUCCCUCUCUGUCCUCUUCCAAUGUCUCCCUCUCUGUCCCAUGCCAAUGUCUCCCUCUCUGUCCUCUUCCAAUGUCUCCCUCUCUGUCCUCUUCCAAUGUCUCCCUCUCUGUCCCCUGCCAAUAUCUCAUUAUCUGACCCCUGCCAAUUACUCUCUCUCUGUCCUCUGCCAAUGUCUCCCUCUCUGUCCCCUGCCAAUGUCUCCCUCUCUGUCCCCUGCCAAUGUCUCCCUCUCUGUCCCCUGCCAAUGUCUCCCUCUCUGUCCCCUGCCCAUGUCUCCCUCUAUGUCCCCUGUCCAUGUCUCCCUCUAUGUCCCCUGCCCAUGUCUCCCUCUCUGUCCCCUGCCCAUGUCUCCCUCUCUGUCCUCUUCCAAUGUCUCCCUCUCUGUCCCCUGCCCAUGUCUCCCUCUCUGUCCUCUUCCAAUGUCUCCCUCUAUGUCCCCUGCCAAUGUCUCCCUCUAUGUCCUCUUCCAAUGUCUCCCUCUCUGUCCUCUUCCAAUGUCUCCCUCUCUGUCCCCUGCCCAUGUAUCCCUCUCUGUCCCCUGCCAAUGUCUCCCUCUCUGUCCUCUUCCAAUGUCUCCCUCUCUGUCCUCUUCCAAUGUCUCCCUCUCUGUCCCCUGCCAAUGUCUCCCUCUCUGUCCUCUUCCAAUGUCUCCCUCUCUGUCCUCUUCCAAUGUCUCCCUCUCUGUCCCCUGCCAAUAUCUCAUUCUCUGACCCCUGCCAAUAACUCUCUCUCUGUCCUCUGCCAAUGUCUCCCUCUCUGUCCCCUGCCAAUGUCUCCCUCUCUGUCCCCUGCCAAUGUCUCCCUCUCUUUCCCCUGCCAAUGUCUCCCUCUCUGUCCCCUGCCCAUGUCUCCCUCUAUGUCCCCUGUCCAUGUCUCCCUCUGUGUCCCCUGCCAAUGUCUCCCUCUCUGUCCCCUGCCAAUGUCUCCCUCUCUGUCCCCUGCCCAUGUCUCCCUCUAUGUCCCCUGUCCAUGUCUCCCUCUAUGUCCCCUGCCCAUGUCUCCCUCUCUGUCCCCUGCCCAUGUCUCCCUCUCUGUCCUCUUCCAAUGUCUCCCUCUCUGUCCCCUGCCCAUGUCUCCCUCUCUGUCCUCUUCCAAUGUCUCCCUCUAUGUCCCCUGCCAAUGUCUCCCUCUAUGUCCUCUUCCAAUGUCUCCCUCUCUGUCCUCUUCCAAUGUCUCCCUCUCUGUCCCCUGCCCAUGUAUCCCUCUCUGUCCCCUGCCAAUGUCUCCCUCUCUGUCCUCUUCCAAUGUCUCCCUCUCUGUCCUCUUCCAAUGUCUCCCUCUCUGUCCCCUGCCAAUGUCUCCCUCGCUGUCCUCUUCCAAUGUCUCCCUCUCUGUCCUCUUCCAAUGUCUCCCUCUCUGUCCCCUGCCAAUAUCUCAUUCUCUGACCCCUGCCAAUUACUCUCUCUCUGUCCUCUGCCAAUGUCUCCCUCUCUGUCCCCUGCCAAUGUCUCCCUCUCUAUCCCCUGCCAGUGAUGUCAUAUCCUGCAGAGGCGUUGCAGAUCGGCAACCAGAACCAUGUGGAGGACAUGCGCUCCUUCCUGGACUCACGGCACGCUGACCACUACACCGUCUUCAACCUGUCACAGCGCAACUACCGCGGCGCCAAGUUCUCCAACCGGGUGAGACAGAGAGAACGAGAUGGAGGUCUACCAAGGCCUACCAAGAUCAACACACAGAGAUACUAUACUUAGCCUCAGUUCAGACACUCUCCGUUUGCUAAAACACACUAUACCAACAUGCAUGCAAGGAUUUAUAAUACAUUACAAUACAUUACCCAUAGCCCAGCAUUGUGUUUCAUGGCAAACAUAGCAUAUUGUUCUAUGCAUAGACCUAAAUCAGAAUGAAAGACUGAACUUGGAGAGUAAGACUUUGCUCAGUUUCUCUCACAGUGAGGCAGAAAUUAGUUGAGCCAUAAAGUAAAGUGUCUAUACAGGACUCAUCAUGGUAACUCGUGAUUCGUGCACAUGUUGCUGUCACUGACGGGAGGGACUGAGGAGAGAGAGAGAAGACGAGGAGAGAGGAGAUGAGAGAGAGAUAGAGGAGAGAGAAGAGAGGCGAGAGAGUAGAGAGAGAGAGAGCGACGAGAGAGAGAGGAGAGUAGAGACGAGAGCAUGUAGAGAGAGAAAGAAAGAGAGAGGCGAGAGGAAGUGUAGCGAGGAGGGAUAGAGAAGAUAGAGAGCCCGAAUAGCAUGGGAGAGAGAGGAUCAAGUGGAGACAAAGAAAUACAGCGCACUUUUCAAACACCACUAAAAAAAAAAACCCCAGCCCUCAAACAACCACCCACAAACCAACCCCCCCACCCCCCCCCCCCCCCCACCCCCCCCCCACAACCCCUCUCCAGGUCUCAGAGGUGUAACUGGCCGUCCCACCAGGCUCCCAGCUUGCACAACCUGUUUGCGGUGUGUAAGAACAUGCACAACUGGCUCAAACAGAACCCUAAGAAUGUGUGUGUCAUCACCUGCUCGGUAAGAUGAGACCCACAGGAGUGAUUAUUCACAUACAUCUUCUUCACUCUGUCCUUUUCCCUCUGUUCCUCCUCUCUUGUUUACCCACCAUUCCUUUCUCUCCUCCUUUCUCCCUCCAUCUCCUACCUCCUCUCUUGUUAACACACCAUUCCUUUCUCUCCUCCUUUCUCCCCCAUCUCCUACCUCCUCUCUUGUUAACACACCAUUCCUUUCUCUCCUCCUUUCUCCCUCCAUCUCCUACCUCCUCUCUUGUUAACACACCAUUCCUUUCUCUCCUCCUUUCUCCCUCCAUCUCCUACCUACUCUUUCCCCCCUCUUAUUGUUACCUCUGUCCUGAGAACCAUCAUUCACACUCAUCCUCACUUCUUUCUUGUUUACACACUAUUCCUCUCUCUCCAUCUCCUCCUCCUCCUCCUCCUCCUCCUCCUCCUCCUCCUCCUCCUCUCAUUGUUGCCUCCCUACCAUCCUGGGUUUGUCCUGGGUUUGUUCUGGGUUUGUGGGACUGCCUGGGGUCCAAGAGAAACACAGCUUGGAAUACUGCUCCAAUUGUUUCUGUUUCAGCUUGAGUUUCCACUGAGCUCUCUCACUGGCAUUGCAGACCUUAAGCAAAGACAGAUGUUCUCUGUAUUCAAGAGAGAAGUGUAGACUACAAUAGAAUAGAAUAUAAUACAAAUCCUGGUCCUGUCCAUUUGCUGUAGUAAAAUAAUUAUGGGUAGAGAAAAGUAUACUGCACAUAUUUCAAAGUAUACUGUACAUGUUUCAAAGUAUACUGAACAUAUUUCAAAGUAUACUGCACAUGUUUCAAAGUAACUGUACAUAUUUCAAAGUAUACUGUACACAUUUCAAAGUAUGCUGUACAUAUUUCAAAGUAUACUGUACAUGUUUCAAAGUAUACUGUACAUGUUUUUACUUAUGUGCUACAGUACACUAUGACUGGAAUGUAAUGCUUUCCAUAUUUCUGUAUGUGAUUUCAUUGUGGUUAGCAAGUUCAUCUGUGUUGAGCAAUCACUUUUAGUUUAUAUUAAAGUUCUUCAAAUGUCUUCCUCAACGUUUUGUGCUGAUGGAAGAAUGUUGCUCUCCUAGAAAUACUUGGCCCAGUUUAAGGAACUUAACAUUACCGCAACCAGAUGUAUUUAUAACUGUAUAACUUUACUAAACAAAAGAGACAGGAGUUAUAUUUAGAUACUGUGGCAGUAGAUUGUAACAGACAAACUCUGUGUGGGGAGUCCCUGUUUAGUGUUAUUGGAGAGAAGUGGGAUUGAAACCAAAAAUAUUGGCCAUGCAUCAUAAAGACUAUCCUAGCUUCUAAGAAUCAUAAAGAAUAUCCUAGCUUCUAAGAAUCAUAAAGACUAUCCUCUCUUAUAGGAAUCAUAAAGACUAUCCUAGCUUCUAAGAAUCAUAAAGACUAUCCUAGUUUAUUGAAUCAUAAAGACUAUCCUAGCUUAUAGGAAUCAUAAAGAAUAUCCUAGCUUCUAAGAAUCAUAAAGACUAUCCUAGCUUCUAAGAAUCAUAAAGACUAUCCUAGCUUCUAAGAAUCAUAAAGACUAUCCUAGCUUCUAAGAAUCAUAAAGACUAUCCUAGCUUCUAAGAAUCAUAAAGACUAUCCUAGCUUCUAAGAAUCAUAAAGACUAUCCUAGCUUAUAGGAAUCAUAAAGACUAUCCUAUCUUCUAAGAAUCAUAAAGACUAUCCUAGCUUCUAAGAAUCAUAAAGACUAUCCUAGCUUAUAGGAAUCAUAAAGACUAUCCUAGCUUCUAAGAAUCAUAAAGACUAUCCUAGCUUAUAGGAACCAUAAAGACUAUCCUAGCUUCUAAGAAUCAUAAAGACUAUCCUAGCUUAUAGGAAUCAUAAAGACUAUCCUAGCUUAUAGGAAUCAUAAAGACUAUCCUAGCUUCUAAGAAUCAUAAAGACUAUCCUAGCUUAUAGGAAUCAUAAAGAUUAUCCUAGCUUAUAGGACUCAUAAAGACUAUCCUAGCUUCUAAGAAUCAUAAAGACUAUCCUAGCUUAUAGGAAUCAUAAAGACUAUCCUAGCUUAUCCUAGCUUCUAAGAAUCAUAAAGACUAUCCUAGCUUAUAGGAACCAUAAACACUAUCCUAGCUCCUAAGAAUCAUAAAGACUAUCCUAGCUUCUAAGAAUCAUAAAGAAUAUCAUAGCUUCUAAGAAUCAUAAAGACUAUCCUAGCUUAUAGGAAUCAUAAAGACUAUCCUAGCUUCUAAGAAUCAUAAAGACUAUCCUAGUUUAUUGAAUCAUAAAGACUAUCCUAGCUUCUAAGAAUCAUAAAGACUAUCCUAGCUUAUAGGAAUCAUAAAGACUAUCCUAGCUUCUAAGAAUCAUAAAGACUAUCCUAGCAUAUAGGAAUCAUAAAGACUAUCCUAGCUUAUAAGAAUCAUAAAGACUAUCCUAGCUUAUAGGAAUCAUAAAGACUAUCCUAGCUUAUCCUAGCUUCUAAGAAUCAUAAAGACUAUCCUAGUUUAUAGGACUCAUAAAGACUAUCCUAGCUUCUAAGAAUCAUAAAGACUAACCUAGCUUAUAGGAAUCAUAAAGACUAUCCUAGCUUCUAAGAAUCAUAAAGACUAUCCUAGCUUAUAGGAAUCAUAAAUACUAUCCUAGCUUAUAGGAAUCAUAAAGACUAUCCUAGCUUAUAGGAAUCAUAAAUACUAUCCUAUCUUAUAGGAAUCAUAAAGACUAUCCUAGCUUAUAGGAAUCAUGAAGACUAUCCUAGCUUAUAGGAAUCAAAGACUAUCCUAGCUUAUAGGAAUCAUAACAAAAUGCCACCACUGCAUUGUAUUUUGCCAUGCAUUGAGUUGUGUAAAUUGAAGUACUGUAAGCUUGCUGCUGCUUCCUUUUCUUCAAGUCGUUAUCCUACAUAACAGUAUAUGUUGGCAUGUUGCUGUUCGCUUGCUAGCGUUGCCUCUGUGUAUCUACUGUCUACUUACUGUCUGUUCCCUCCUUAAGGACGGCCGUGCUCCGUCGGGUGUGCUGGUCUGUGCCAUGUUCUGCUUCUGCCACCUCUUCACCAACCCAGUGCCCGCCAUGCAGCUGCUCAGCGCCAAGAGACCCGGCUCAGGCCUCUGGCCCUCGCACCGGAGGUAGGGCAACACAGAGGGUGUGUUUUGUGGGGUGUGUGUGUGUGCAUUUAUAUCGAUUGCCGUUCAUUGCAGUGGAAAACAGCAGACAAAAAUGAUCCACAUAAACAGUCUUCACCUCCAUGACUUUGACUUUGUUAUUUUGAGAUGAUGGAUGAACUUAAAAACCUAGCAUCUCCUCCUUCCUCCUCCCCCUCCAUUACUCUCCUAAAUCCUUUAUCAGCCUAUUUAUUUUACGAUUACUGAGUUGCGAUACAUGGCGCAUUAGCCACGAUGCUAACGAAGUGCCAGAAUUACAGUGAGGGAAAAAAGUAUUUGAUCCCCUGCUGAUUUUGUAAGUUUGCCCACUGACAAAGAAAUGAUCAGUCUAUAAUUUUAAUGGUAGGUUUAUUUGAACAGUGAGAGACAGAAUAACAACAAAAAAAUCCAGAAAAACGCAAAAUGUUAUAAAUUGAUUUGCAUUUUAAUGAGGGAAAUAAGUAUUUGACCCCUCUGUAAAACAUGACUUAGUACUUGGUGGCAAAACCCUUGUUGGCAAUCACAGAGGUCAGACGUUUCUUGUAGUUGGCCACCAGGUUUGCACACAUCUCAGGAGGGAUUUUGUCCCACUCCUCUUUGCAGAUCUUCUCCAAGUCAUUAAGGUUUCGAGCCUGACGUUUGGCAACUCGAACCUUCAGCUCCCUCCACAGAUUUUCUAUGAGAUUAAGGUCUGGAGACUGGCUAGGCCACUCCAGGACCUUAAUGUGCUCUUUUUGAGCCACUCCUUUGUUGCCUUGGCCGUGUGUUUUGGGUCAUUGUCAUGCUGGAAUACCUAUCCACGACCCAUUUUCAAUGCCUGGCUGAGGGAAGGAGGUUCUCACUCAAGAUUUGACGGUACAUGGCCCCGUCCAUCGUCCCUUUGAUGCGGUGAAGUUGUCCUGUCCCCUUAGCAGAAAAACACCCCCAAAGCAUAAUGUUUCCACCUCCAUGUUUGACAGUGGGGAUGGUGUUCUAGGGGUCAUAGGCAGCAUUCCUCCUCCUCCAAACACGGCGAGUUGAGUUGAUGCCAAAGAGCUCCAUUUUGGUCUCAUCUGACCACAACACUUUCACCCAGUUCUCCUCUGAAUCAUUCAGAUGUUCAUUAGCAAACUUCAGACGGGCCUGUGUAUGUGCUUUCUUGAGCAGGGGGACCUUGCGGGCGCUGCAGGAUUUCAGUCCUUCAGUCCUUCUUGGUGACUAUGGUCCCAGCUGCCUUGAGAUCAUUGACUCCCGUGUAGUUCUGGGCUGAUUCCUCACCGUUCUCAUGAUCAUUGCAACUCCACGAGGUGAGAUCUUGCAUGGAGCCCCAGGCCGAGGGAGAUUGACAGUUAUUUUGUGUUUCUUCCAUUUGCGAAUAAUCGCACCAACUGUUGUCACCUUCUCACCAAGCUGCUUGACGAUGGUCUUGUAGCCCAUUCCAGCCUUGUGUAGGUCUACAAUGAUGUCCCUGACAUCCUUGGAGAGCUCUUUGGUCUUGGCCAUGGUGGAGAGUUUGGAAUCUGAUUGAUUGAUUGCUUCUGUGGACAGGUGUCUUUUAUACAGGUAACAAACUGAGAUUAGGAGUACUCCCUUUAAGAGUGUGCUCCUAAUCUCAGCUCGUUACCUGUAUAAAAGACACCUGGGAGCCAGAAAUCUUUCUGAUUGAGAGGGGGUCAAAUACUUAUUUCCCUCAUUAAAAUGCUAAUCAAUUUAUAACAUUUUUGACAAGCGUUUUUCUGGAUUUUUUUGUUGUUAUUCUGUCUCUCACUGUUCAAAUAAACCUACCAUUAAAAUGAUAGACUGAUCAUUUCUUUGUCAGUGGGCAAACGUACAAAAUCAGCAGGGGAUCAAAUACUUUUUUCCCUCACUGUAUAUAGCAGCCAAUUAAUCAACACGCAAGCACGCACACACACGCACACGCACACACACACAAACACACACUUACACACAAACAAACACACACACAAACACUUACACACACACAAAUGCAAACACAGCCAGCCGCUUGGCCACACAGCUGCUUCUCAUAAUAACAAUGACGGCUUCAUUCUUCAGCACAGACAGAGAGAGAGGCUGAUGCAUGAAGACAGUGGGAAUCAAGCCUCAUCUUUGUUUUUAUUCUGUUGAGUUUCUCUAAACUGAAAAAGCUCACGAUUUUGUGCAAGAAUCUGUACACAUAGGAAAGAUGAUUUGAAGUAUAUACUGUAACUUUAAGAUGGAUAGUUUUGUGAUAUUGUCUAGCACAAAAAAAAAUCCCCUUCCCUGUAUUCAUGUACAUAGACAAUGUUUGUUUUUAGAUAGUACUCAGUGCUUAUGGUAGUUUAGUGUGUAGCCUUAUAUACUCUGCCACUCUUCUCCAGGUACAUAGGCUAUGUGUGCAGUAUGGUAUCAGAGAAGCCCUCCCUGCCACACUCCAAGCCCCUGGUGGUCAAGGCGGUCACCAUGAGUCCAGUACCUUGCUUCAACAAACAACGCAUCGGCUGCAGACCCUUCUGUGAGAUCCUCAUAGGGGAGACCAAGAUCUUUUCUACUGCACAGGACUAUGAGAGGAUGAGGUAGCUGCAGAUACACACGUACACACACACACACAGUAGUUGUGCGUGGGUCAGCUGUUUGUUCACCCGCACCUGCCCGCAAUUGCUAAUAACCCAUCCACAACCACCUGACUAUAUGUGAUAAAGUGGAAAUCUGAGGCCCGCAACCGACCCUAACCCGUUAAUAUAGAAAAUGCGCUGUAGGCUAUAGUCAGAGACGACAGAUUCUUUUUUGACAGGGGGUGCAGGAAUUUAUUUUCCUUAUAAUUUUGGUAGGCUGUUUGUUAGUCAACUUGUCUGUAAUUAGAUACAUGCAGCUUCUCUUCUGUCAUUAUAUGUUGCCCUAGAAGACUAAAUAAAGCACUACUUCACCAGAAUGUCAUAAAUCGAUAGAAUGAAUGCUUCAAGUUGACAUCGGUAAAGUUUCCUCUGUCAUCUCUGCUUCUUUCAUGGCUAAAGACGUUUAGGGACCGGGGAGAAAAUGCAAUAACUCCAGUUUGACCGGUUGUAAGGAAAUUGAAAGCUGUGAAAACGACCCAACAUGUUUCUGAUAAGAUUUCAGUUCGGCUUGGAUGCAUAUUUUAUGUGGUUGAAAUACUAUCAGCUUUUAUGAUGCUGAUAAAGAUAGCACCUCUACAGAUGGUAUCUAACUGCACAUUCACAUUAUCUCAAGAUGCUGAAAGAAAUAAAUCAUCAUAGCCUAUUUCUCCACUCCUGUUUUUAUAUAUAUAUAUAUGACACCAUCUCUUCUUUCUCCUCAUUUCUCCCCCCACCCCUCUCAGAGAGCACAGGGUCCAGGAGGGGAAGGUGGUCUUCCCUCUAGGUGUGAAUGUCCAGGGUGAUGUGGUCAUCUCUGUCUAUCAUAUGAGGAACACCAUCGGAGGACGACUGCAGGCCAAGGUACAGCAUGGGGCUAGCCUAGCAUGCUAACACAACACUGACACACACAGGCCAAGGUACAGCAUGGGGCUAGCCUAGCAUGCUAACACAACACUGACACACGCACGCCAAGGUACAGCAUGGGGCUAGCCUAGCAUGCUAACACAACACUGACACACGCACGCCAAGGUACAGCAUGGGGAUAGCCUAGCAUGCUAACACAACACUGAUGCACGCAGGCCAAGGUACAGCAUGGGGAUAGCCUAGCAUGCUAACACAACACUGACACACACAGGCCAAGGUAAAGCAUGGGGCUAGCCUAGCAUGCUAACACAACACUGACACACACAGGCCAAGGUACAGCAUGGGGCUAGCCUAGCAUGCUAACACAACACUGACACACGCACGCCAAGGUACAGCAUGGGGCUAGCCUAGCAUGCUAACACAACACUGACACACGCACGCCAAGGUACAGCAUGGGGAUAGCCUAGCAUGCUAACACAACACUGAUGCACGCAGGCCAAGGUACAGCAUGGGGAUAGCCUAGCAUGCUAACACAACACUGACACACACAGGCCAAGGUAAAGCAUGGGGCUAGCCUAGCAUGCUAAUACAACACUGACACACACAGGCCAAGGUACAGCAUGGGGCUAGCCUAGCAUGCUAACACAACACUGACACACGCACGCCAAGGUACAGCAUGGGGAUAGCCUAGCAUGCUAACACAACACUGAUGCACACAGUCCAAGGUACAGCAUGGGGAUAGCCUAGCAUGCUAACACAACACUGACACACACAGGCCAAGGUAAAGCAUGGGGCUAGCCUAGCAUGCUAACACAACAGUGAUGCACGCAGGCCAGGGUACAGCAUGGGGCUAGCCUAGCAUGCUAACAUAACACUGACACACUUUCAUUCACACACACAGAUUAUGAUAUGCUAUGCUAUGAGAGAUUCUGUUAGCUCUGAUUGUAUGGGAGCAUGUUCUGAUACCUUGUUAUUUACAGACAGAGAUUGCACUCUGGGAGAUACUCUCACACUAACACAAUGACAUACAUUGUGUCCCAUGAAUGAACAUAAACACAGCAUUGUUUUUAGUGCAUUGAGACUAAAUUAGAAUCUAAAUGGAAUCUAGAUGGAAUCUCCGUCCCUUACAAUCAUAAAUCUCCACAGUGUCAUUGUUUGAAUCUUUCUAUGUGAUUCCUGAAUCAAUCUAUGUGAUUCCUGAAUCUAUCGAUGUGAUUCCUGAAUCUAUCGAUGUGAUUCCUGAAUCUAUCUAUGUGAUUGCUGGUUGGUGUUUACAGGUGUCCAACACCCAGAUAUUCCAGAUCCAGUUCCACACAGGCUUCAUUGCUCCAGGGACCACUGUGUUAAAGUUUACAAAGUGAGCACCUCUCUCAUAUAUAUUAUCUGUACAGUACAUAUGUAUAGAAUUAACACGUACAGUGGCGAAAAAAAGUAUUUAGUCAGCCACCAAUUGUGCAAGUUCUCCCACUUAAAAAGAUGAGAGAGGCCUGUAAUUUUCAUCAUAGGUACACGUCAACUAUGACAGACAAAAUUAGAGAAAAAAAAUCCAGAAAAUCACAUUGUAGGAUUUUUUAUGAAUUUAUUUGCAAAUUAUGGUGGAAAAUAAGUAUUUGGUCAAUAACAAAAGUUUCUCAAUACUUUGUUAUAUACCCUUUGUUGGCAAUGACACAGGUCAAACGUUUUCUGUAAGUCUUCACAAGGUUUUCACACACUGUUGCUGGUAUUUUGGCCCAUUCCUCCAUGCAGAUCUCCUCUAGAGCAGUGAUGUUUUGGGGCUGUCGCUGGGCAACACGGACUUUCAACUCCCUCCAAAGAUUUUCUAUGGGGUUGAGAUCUGGAGACUGGCUAGGCCACUCCAGGACCUUGAAAUGCUUCUUACGAAGCCACUCCUUCGUUGCCCGGGUGGUGUGUUUGGGAUCAUUGUCAUGCUGAAAGACCCAGCCACGUUUCAUCUUCAAUGCCCUUGCUGAUGGAAGGAGGUUUUCACUCAAAAUCUCACAAUAAAUGGCCCCAUUCAUUCUUUCCUUUACAUGGAUCAGUCGUCCUGGUCCCUUUGCAGAAAAACAGUCCCAAAGCAUGAUGUUUCCACCCCCAUGCUUCAGAGUAGGUAUGGUGUUCUUUGGAUGCAACUCAGCAUUCUUUGUCCUCCAAACACGACGAGUUGAGUUUUUACCAAAAAGUUCUAUUUUGGUUUCAUCUGACCAUAUGACAUUCUCCCAAUCCUCUUCUGGAUCAUCCAAAUGCACUCUAUCAAACUUCAGACGGGCCUGGACAUGUACUGGCUUAAGCAGGGGGACGCGUCUUGCACUGCAGGAUUUGAGUCCCUGGUGGCGUAGUGUGUUACUGAUGGUAGGCUUUGUUACUUUGGUCCCAGCUCUCUGCAGGUCAUUCACUAGGUCCCCCCGUGUGGUUCUGGGAUUUUUGCUCACCGUUCUUGUGAUCAUUUUGACCCCACGGGGUGAGAUCUUGCGUGGAGCCCCAGAUCGAGGGAGAUUAUCAGUGGUCUUGUAUGUCUUCCAUUUCCUAAUAAUUGCUCCCACAGUUGAUUUCUUCAAACCAGUCGCUUUGGAUAAAAGCGUCUGCUAAAUGGCAUAUUAUAUUAUAUUAUAUAAACCAAGCUGCUUACCUAUUGCAGAUUCAGUCUUCCCAGCCUGGUGCAGGUCUACAAUUUUGUUUCUGGUGUCCUUUGACAGCUCUUUGGUCUUGGCCAUAGUGGAGUUUGGAGUGUGACUGUUUGAGGUUGUGGACAGGUGUCUUUUAUACUGAUAACAAGUUCAAACAGGUGCCAUUAAUACAGGUAACGAGUGGAGGACAGAGGAGCCUCUUAAAGAAGAAGUUACAGGUCUGUGAGAGCCAGAAAUCUUACUUGUUUGUAGGUGACCAAAUACUUAUUUUCCACCAUAAUUUGCAAAUAAAUUCAUUAAAAAUCCUACAAUGUGAUUUUCUGGAAAGGAAAUUCUCAAUUUGUCUGUCAUAGUUGACGUGUACCUAUGAUGAAAAUUACAGGCCUCUCUCAUCUUUUUAAGUGGGAGAACUUGCACAAUUGGUGGCUGACUAAAUACUUUUUUUCCCCACUGUAAAUGUGAAAUACUAUAUAAUGUUUAAAUGUUGGUGUACGUCAUGAUAUGGACAAUGAACUAACUAACUAACCAUCUGACACACACACCUGUCUAGGCCGGAGCUGGAUGCGUGUGACUCUCCAGAGAAGUACCCUCAGUUGUUCCAUGUGUUGGUGGACAUCGAGGUGGAGAGUACUGACAAACAGAAGGACCUGACCCCUCCCUGGGAACAGUUCCCUAAUAAAGACCUCAUCCCCAAUGUACUGUUCUCCUGUCACCAGGAACACCAGGACGCACUCGCCAUCGCAGGUAGGGCAGAGAGGAGGUCUACAUGCAAGCACACAGUCAGAGGCAUACAGGACAGAUGGACACACAUACACAAACACACACACACACACACACAGGCAAAGAUGUACACACAUAUACACACACGCAUACACACAUGCACGCAUACGCAUACAAACGGACACAGAUGGGCACGCACAUGUUGGAACAGAAGCACAGAGACAUGCACUUACACAGAGGUCACACAGAGGUCACACAGAGGUCCACACAGAGGUCCACACUGAGGUCACACCAGGGGCGGUGUGUUCAAUAGGGCGAUAUGGGCGACGCACUGCCAAACGGGAAAAGGAAGGGAUUUUUUUCUAAUCAAUUAUAUCACGGCAACAGUAGUUAUCAGUGUUGUAAUCUAGACGUCUGAUCUGCCACAGUGCCACACUGCCACUAAAUGUCCAAUCAGGCUAAAGUCGUGCUUCAAAUGGCCACCCCCCCUUUUGGGGCGAUUUCAGUCAGGUUGAAAAUCGCCCAGAAGUCUGUCAUAGACUCCCAUGUAAAAUCUAUUUUUUUCAAAUAUCAGAGCUUUCAAUACAAUCUCUAUGGGUGUCUGAGGGCUUGCACUUACGCGCUUUCGUCAUACGUAACAUAACCAUGAACGUAACUAAGAAAAGAGCGGGUAGCCUCAUCAAUCAAUUCACUAUUACUGUCAAAAUGGCAGUGCAACUCGAUUGUCUCUUUGAAAGAAGUUCCUUUUUGUCGGCGAACAAAUCAAGAUAAAUUGGCAACGAAACAAUUAGGACCUCCCAGACCAAAUUUAAUAAUUCAACAGGUUUCUACUAAAGGCGGAAAGUCCUACACCCGAGGAUUUUCCAAAAAUUGGUACUAACGAAAAAAGAACAUUGCCACUCAACUGGAUGAGGGAUACAGGCUAGCUGUCCGCCGCCACAACGAUGAGGUUAGUGUUGAUAAUCACAAGUUUACUGGAGAACUGAGACCAAGUAGAGACUUUGGACAGGGUGGAUAUGGUAUAAUAAAGGCAGUUUAUUCAGAGGUAAAGAUAUCUGGAAUCGCGUGCACGGACCCGUUCGUCAAACUCUUAGGGAGCUAUACAUUAAGCCCCAUUACUUACCAUAUCAGAUAAGAGAAAUUGCUGCAGCUACAUAUAUUUUACAUCCUGGCCCUACAUAGUUCACUAUUUGCAUCACUUACCAAAAUAUUACAUGUGGUCAUAUAUGCUUGGAAAGUGGAGAUGCCAUAGAACGUCAAAAAAGUAAACAUUGCUGGAGACACAUUGCCGUUUUGGAGAAGACAUCGCGUUUGCUAGCGAAGAGAUUUGUUGUGGCAAGUGAACUUGGGCUGGGAAUUGCCAGGAACCUCACGAUAAGAUAUAUGCAUUGCGAGUCUCAUGAUUCUAUACGUAUUGCGAUUCGAUACUGUGAUUUUAUUGCGCACCAUAUGUCUGUUGCAGAGGGAUCAGAAAGCCAUGAGAACGAGUUUUGAUCAGUCAUGGAAAUAAAAGUGCUGAAAACAAAUUGGCUCCCAAUGUGAAAAGAUUGAGAACAAGCUAUGAAGGAACAAUAAUGGUGUUUUGGUGCAGGUACAGCCAACUAGUGCUAAAAUAUUGCGAUAUUGUCAAUACAGUAUAUCGUAAAGUAUCACUAUGUAACUCGAUUUCUUUCACCCCAAUCCCUCAAAUUAACGGUAAAUAACUGAAUUGUUUGCCCCACAUUUAGCUAAGAUGAUUAGCUAGCCAGCUAAAAUGUUUUAUUUAGUUAGCAGUCGCAUCUACAAUAGUUUACUGUCAAUAACAUGUCUCCAAAAAUGACGUGGUGUCUCCAAUUGUGUUGACAUUUUACAAUUGCGAUGCGCAUCCAUGAGUAUCCACUUUCUGUAGCUCAGCUGGUAGAGCACGGCGCUUGUAACGCCAAGGUAGUGGGUUCGAUCCCCGGGACCACCCAUACACAAAAAUGUAUGCACGCAUGACUGUAAGUCGCUUUGGAUAAAAGCGUCUGCUAAAUGGCAUAUUAUUAUUAUUAUUAUUAUUAUUAUUAUCUGAAGAGAGCUCCGAAACAUUGUGUGCAGACAUUUUAUGCAAUAAAUGAAGUAGGUUGAAUCUAGUAGUUCUGAUCUUCUGAUUGGUCCUGAUGAGUUGGGCGAGGUCCCCUCCAGGCUACUGUCACUGUUGCAUUGGCUCUGAGUCGGGUUCUCUGUCUUCAAAUGUUCAGCCUAAGAGAGGGGAUUUUUGUGUGUGUGUGUGUGUGUGUGUGUGUGUUUAACAGUGAUGAUGUGUGUGUGUGUGUGUGUGUGUGUUUAACAGUGAUGAUGUGUGUGUGUGUGUGUUUGUGUGUGUGUGUGUGUGUGUCCUCAGAGCAAGAACUCGUGAGUUGGAAGAACUGAGAGGCCUAUGGCGUGGGUGUUGUCCUUGGCCACCUGCUGACAAGGCUGACAAGAUAGGACCCUUUUGUCCAUUGUUAUUGGAUAGGAACAGAACUUAUAACCAGCUCCUGACCUAAAUAGAUCUUAGCACAACAUUUUACUCAACAUAUCAUAUUCCAUAUUCACUAUAACAAAUAUAUUUACUACGACAUUAGCAAGAACCGCCACAUCCUCAGCCGGCUAAUCCAGUGUGUGAAGUUUUGCGGAGUGUUUGAGUUAGCUUUGCGAGGCAAAGAUGAAACUGAGGGCUCCACCAACCCUGGUAAGCCAACACUUUUGAGAUCAGUCAAUAAAUGCUUCUGGUAUUGACUUAUAUGCUGCCCCUGUCUUCAUGUUGUUGCUGGACAUAUCUUUUUUAAAAUGUGUGUAGGUCACCUAAAUCAUCAGAAAAAUUGCCCCCCCUGAGAAUUUUUUCAGGAGCCGCCACUGGGUCACACAGAGGUCACACAGAGGUCCACACAGAGGUCACACAGAGGUCACACAGAGGUCCACACAGAAGUCACACAGAGGUCACACAGAGAUCCACACAGAGGUCCACACUGAGAUCCACACAGAGGUCCAUACAGAGGUCCACACAGAGAUCCACACAGAGGUCCACACAGAGGUCACACAGAGAUCCACACAGAGGUCAAUACAGAGGUCCACACAGAGAUCCACACAGAGGUCCACACAGAGGUCACACAGAGAUCCACACAGAGGUCCAAACAGAGGUCCACACAGAGAUCCACACAGAGGUCCACACAGAGGUCACACAGAGAUCCACACAGAGGUCACACAGAGAUCCACACAGAGAUCCACACAGAGGUCACACAGAGGUCCACACAGAGGUCCACACAGAGAUCCACACAGAGGUCCACACAGAGGUCACACAGAGAUCCACACAGAGAUCCACACAGAGGUCACACAGAGGUCCACACAGAGGUCACACAGAGAUCCACACAGAGAUCCACACAGAGAUCCACACAGAGGUCCACACAGAGAUCCACACAGAGGUCCACACAGAGGUCACACAGAGAUCCACACAGAGGUCCACACAGAGGUCACACAGAGAUCCACACAGAGAUCCACACAGAGGUCACACAGAGGUCCACACAGAGGUCACACAGAGAUCCACACAGAGAUCCACACAGAGAUCCACACAGAGGUCCACACAGAGGUCCACACAGAGGUCCACACAGAGGUCACACAGCGGUCCACACAGAGGUCACACAGAGGUCCAUACAGAGGUCACACAGAGGUCCACACAGAGGUCACACAGAGGUCCACACAGAGGUCACACAGAGGUCCACACAGAGGUCACACAGAGGUCCACACAGAGGUCACACAGAGGUCCACACAGAGGUCACACAGAGGUCCACACAGAGGUCACACAGAGGUCCACACAGAGGUCACACAGAGGUCCACACAGAGGUCACACAGAGGUCCACACAGAGGUCACACAGAGGUCCACACAGAGGUCACACAGAGGUCACACAGAGGUCCACACAGAGGUCACACAGCGGUCCACACAGAGGUCACACAGAGGUCCACACAGAGGUCACACAGAGGUCCACACAGAGGUCACACAGAGGUCCACACAGAGGUCACACAGAGGUCCACACAGAGGUCACACAGAGGUCCACACAGAGGUCACACAGAGGUCCACACAGAGGUCACACAGAGGUCCACACAGAGGUCACACAGAGGUCCACACAGAGGUCACACAGAGGUCCACACAGAGGUCACACAGAGGUCCACACAGAGGUCACACAGAGGUCCACACAGAGGUCACACAGAGGUCCACACAGAGGUCACACAGAGGUCCACACAGAGGUCACACAGAGGUCCACACAGAGGUCCACACAGAGGUCACACAGAGGUCACACAGAGGUCCAUACGCUCCCAGGCUCAGAUGGACCGAGGCACACACAUAGAAACUAUGCACACAGACAGCUAAACACACACAGAUACUGAUAUGGUCACCACUAAUGAGAGCUGCUGUUCUUACCCUAACGUUGGUCUCAUUCUCUCCUCCCAAGAUGAUAUGGAGGGACUGGACUUGGAGGGUAAGGUGUAGAGUAGAGGAUACCACAGACCAGUAAAGAUACUAGCUGCUGUAGUUAGAGGAAGCCAGUACAUUGUUAGAGGCAGUUUCCCCUGGGUGAUGUACGGUACGUAUGUGUUAGAUUAGCUUUGUCAUACUGCUGUGGUGGCUAGCAAUACAGAUACCUGUACCUAUAACUUUAGCAAAGUAUCUCCUGUUCUCCUGUAGAAUAUUUUGUGGGACGCAAACCCAUUUACUAAAUCAAGACCAAGUUUUCCUAAUGUGACCUACCUCUACCCCCCCCCUGACCUCUGACCAAUUUUAGAGCCAAGCCGGUCCCAUGGCGGUCCGGACGGUCGUCCUCACGGGGAGGACAGCGAGCCGUCUGAUGACGAGAUGCUGUCCCUGUCCAGCCAGCAGAGCCACGCUAGAGGAGAGAGACCUGGAGGGGCUCAGGCUGGCACCAGGGACCCCAAGAGACCCGAGCAGCCCCAGGCCCCCCCCUCUGCUCCUCCUCCUCCCCCAGAAGAGGUGGACCUCCUGGGCCUGGAUGGGGUGGCAGUGAACCCCCCCUGCCCCUCGCCCCAGCCCCCCACCACCAACACCACCACGGACCUCCUGGGGGAUCUGUUUGGGGCCUCCCCCCAGCCAAGGAGUGGGCACAACUCGGCCCAGUCCACCCCACAGAAAAUAGCCCCUCACUCCACCUCCCCCUGCCCGUCUCCAGGUACAUAGUCAAUGGAUACUCUAACACCAUACUGUAUAUCCGUAGUUACUGAUCAACUCAAUUCAGGUUUAUUUGUCUGUUUUUUACAAAGUCAUUUAACCACAGAUGUGUACAUAGUAUGUUAAUCUAUCCAUAUCCUAUGCCUGCCAGAAAUAAUUGCCUGUCGGAGAUUAAUAAAAUGUAUUGAAUUUAAUAGGACAGGAAUGGUUUAUGCUUUUCUCUCUAUCCACCCAGUGUUGGACCCGUUUGGGGCGAGUCCAAUGCCCAAGCCCCAGGAGCUGAUGGGGUCCUUCCUGGGACCAGCAGGUAAUCUUGGUAACCCGGGGCAGCCUGGCCCCCUCCUGCAUGCCGCUCACUCGCCAUCCCCCACCAUGCAGAACACUGGCAUGGGUAAGGCAUGACCAGACUUCAUCUGUAGAGGCACUGUCUAUCCACUAACGUCUCACUCUUUACACUAUCCACUAUAUGACUGAUAUCUAUCUUUACACUGAUAUCUAUCUUUACACUGAUAUCUAUCUGCUAACGUUUCACUCUAUCCACUAUCUUUACACUGAUAUCUAUCUGCUAACGUUUCACUCUAUCCACUAUCUUUACACUGAUAUCUAUCUGCUAACGUUUCACUCUAUCCACUAUCUUUACACUGAUAUCUAUCUGCUAACGUUUCACUCUAUCCUCUAUCUUUACACUGAUAUCUAUCUGCUAACGUUUCACUCUAUCCACCAUCUUUACACUGAUAUCUAUCUGCUAACGUUUCACUCUAUCCUCUAUCUUUACACUGAUAUCUAUCUGCUAACGUUUCACUCUAUCCACUAUCUUUACACUGAUAUCUAUCUGCUAACGUUUCACUCUAUCCACUAUCUUUACACUGAUAUCUAUCUGCUAAUGUUUCACUCUAUCCACUAUCUUUACACUGAUAUCUAUCUGCUAACGUUUCACUCUAUCCACUAUCUUUACACUGAUAUCUAUCUGCUAACGUUUCACUCUAUCCACUAUCUUUACACUGAUAUCUAUGCACUAACGUUUCACUCUAUCCACUAUCUUUACACUGAUAUCUAUCUGCUAACGUUUCACUCUAUCCACUAUCUUUACACUGAUAUCUAUGCACUAACGUUUCACUCUAUCCACUAUCCGACUGCUAUCUUUACACUGAUACUAGUCUGCUGCUUUUUUUAUUUUAUUUAUUUCACCUUUAUUUAACCAGGUAAGCCAGUUGAAAACAAGUUCUCAUUUACAACUGCGACCUGGCCAAGAUAAAGCAAAGCAGUGCGAUAAAAACAACAACAUCACAGAGUUACACACGGGAUAAACAAAACGUACAGUCAAUAACACAAUAGAAAAUCUAUAUACAGUAUGUGCAAAUGUAGUAAGUUAUGGAGGUAAGGCAAUAAAUAGGCCAUAGUGCAAAAUAAUUACAAUGUAGUAUUAACACUGGAGUGAUAGAUGUGCAGAAGAUGAUGUGCAAAUAGAGAUACUGGGGUGCAAAUGAGCAAAAUAAAUAACAAUGUAAAUAACAAUAUGGGGAUGGUGUAUGGUGAAAUAAGUAUAGCCAGUUAUAAUUGUAAUGGCUUAGCUGAUAAUAACAAAAGAAGAACAAUAUUUACAUGGCUCAAAGAGAAGGAAUAUAUAAUAUCUAUUGUAUACAGGAAACUCAUUCAACAAUUCGAGAUGAAGUAGCGUGGAAAAAAGAAUGGGGGGGGGGGGAAUAUACUUCUCCGAUGGGCAAAGAAAUUCAAAAGGGGUGAUGAUAUUAAUUAAUAGUAAUUUCGAUCUGAAUGUGCAAAUUGUCCAAAUAGAUACGCAAGGUAGAUGGAUUAUUUUAAAUAUGUUAUUGGACCAUAAACAGAUAUGGCUCAUUAACCUUUACGGACCAAAUAAUGAUGAUCCACAAUUCUUUGACAAUAUAUAUAAUAAAUUAUCAACCCUGCAAGCAAUUCAAGACAAUAUUAUUAUGGUGGGGGAUUAUAAUACUGUUUUAAAUAGCUCAAUGGACCGUAAAGGAAAUCACACCACAAACAAUCACCCACAUGCUCUUAAGGAAAUUGUGAAUGUCAUGGAUACAUUAGAACUAGUAGAUAUAUGGAGGCUUAAAUAUCCUGAUCUAGUGAGAUAUACAUGGCGGAGACUGAAUCAAGCUAGUCGUCUUGACUUCUUUCUUAUCUCAUUCUCGUUGGCACCAAAAGUUUUAAAAAAUGUUGAUAGUGGACAGAAUGCGGUCGGACCAUCAUAUAAUAGGCAUAUACAUUACUCUUACUGAAUUUCCACGUGGGCGAGGAUAUUGGAAAUUUAAUCAAAGCCUAUUGGAUGAUAAUUUAUUUAUAAUUAGAACAAAGGAAUUUAUAACUGACUUUUUCCAACAUAACAUAGGUACAGCGAAUCCCCUUAUUGUAUGGGACACCUUUAAAUGUGCCUUUAGAGGCCAUGCAAUUCAGUACUCAUCUCGAAAACAAAAGCAAUUUAGGUCAAAAGAGUUUAUACUAAGAAAGGAAAUAGAAAGUCUAACAGAACAGAUAGAUGGCAAUAAAAACUGUAACAUAGAGGCUCAGAAUAAAUUAGAGGAAAAACAAAAAGAAAUGGAGAAACUUAUUCAAGAAAGAUCAAGUGUAAUAUAUUAUAAAAAUAAAGCAAAUUGGUGUGGCUGUCAAAUUAACAGCCACACCGAAAGACUCAUGUGAAGGUGAAAUUACAGAGGAGGAACUUCUGGAUGCAAUUAAAGACUUUAUGUCCGGGAAAACUCCAGGGUUGGAUGGCAUUCCAGUCGAGGUAUACCAAACCUUUUUUGAUAUACUAAGAGGACCGUUAUUUGCAUGUUUUAACCACUCCUAUGUAAAUGGUAGAUUAUCUGACACUCAAGAAGAAGGUCUGAUCUCAUUAUUACUGAAACAGGAUACAAGUGGAAAAUAAUAUUUGAUCCCCUGCUGAUUUUUUACAUUUGCACAUUGACAAAGAAAUGAUCAGUCUAUAAUUUUAAUGGUAGGUUUAUUUGAACAGUGAGAGACAGAAUAACAACAACAGAAAAUCCAGAAAAACACAUGUCAAAAGUGUUAUAAAUUGAUUUGCAUUUUAUUGAGGGAAAUAAGUAUUUGACCCCUCUGCAAAACAUGACUUAGUACUUGGUGGCAAAACCCUUGUUGGCAAUCACAGAGGUCAGACGUUUCUUGUAGUUGGCCACCAGGUUUGCACACAUCUCAGGAGGGAUUUUGUCCCACUCCUCUUUGCAGAUCUUCUCCAAGUCAUGAAGGUUUCGAGGCUGACGUUUGGCAACUCGAACCUUCAGCUCCCUCCACAGAUUUUCUAUGGGAUUAAGGUCUGGAGACUGGCUAGGCCACUCCAGGACCUUAAUGUACUUCUUCUUGAGCCACUCCUUUGUUGCGUUGGCCGUGUGUUUUGGGUCAUUGUCAUGCUGGAAUACCCAAUCACGAUCCAUUUUCAAUGCCCUGGCUGAGGGAAGGAGGUUCUCACCCAAGAUUUGACGGUACAUGGCCCCGUCCAUCGUCCCUUUGAUGCGGUGAAGUUGUCCUGUCCCCUUAGCAGAAAAACACCCCCAAAGCAUAAUGUUUCCACCUCCAUGUUUGACGGUGGGGGUGGUGUUCUUGGGGUCAUAGGCAGCAUUCCUCCUCCUCCAAACACGGCGAGUUGAGUUGAUGCCAAAGAGCUCAAUUUUGGUCUCAUCUGACCACAACACUUUCACCCAGUUCUCCUCUGAAUCAUUCAGAUGUUCAUUGGCAAACUUCAGACAGGCGUGUAUAUGUGCUUUCUUGAGCAGGGGGACCUUGUGGGCUCUGCAGGAUUUCAGUCCUUCACGGCGUAGUGUGUUACCAAUUGUUUUCUUGGUGACUAUGGUCCCAGCUGCCUUGAGAUCAUUGACAAGAUCAUCCCGUGUAGUUCUGGGCUGAUUCCUCACCAUUCUCAUGAUCAUUGCAACUCCACAAGGUGAGAUCUUGCAUGGAGCCCCAGGCCGAGGGAGAUUGACAGUUCUUUUGUGUUUCUUCCAUUUGCGAAUAAUCGCACCAACUGUUGUCACCUUCUCACCAAGCUGCUUGGGCGAUGGUCUUGUAGCCCAUUCCAGCCUUGUGUAGGUCUACAAUCUUGUCCCUGACAUCCUUGGAGAGCUCUUUGGUCUUGGCCAUGGUGGAGAGUUUGGAAUCUGAUUGAUUGAUUGCUUCUGUGGACAGGUGUCUUUUAUACAGGUAACAAACUGAGAUUAGGAGCACUCCCUUUAAGAGUGUGCUCCUAAUUCCAUCUCCUUACCUGUAUAAAAGACACCUGGGAGCCAGAAAUCUUUCUGAUUGAGAGGGGGUCAAAUACUUAUUUCCCUCAUUAAAAUGCAAAUCAAUUUAUAACAUUUUUGACAUAUUUUUUUGUUGUUAUUCUGUCUCUCACUGUUCAAAUAAACCUACCAUUAAAAUGAUAGACUGGUCAUUUCUUUGUCAGUGGGCAAACGUAUAAAAUCAGCAGGGGAUCAAAUACUUUUUUCCCUCACUGUAGUGAGGGCCAGCCAACGAGAGCGUACAGGUCACAAUGCUGGGUAGUAUAUGGGGCUUUGGUGACAAAACGGAUGGCACUGUGAUAGACUAUAUCCAAUUUGAGUGUUGUAGGCUAUUUUGUAAAUGACAUCGCCAAAGUCAAGGAUCGGUAGGAUAGUCAGUUUUACGAGGGCAUGUUUGGCAGCAUGAGUGAAGGAGGCUUUGUUGCAAAAUAGGAAGCCGAUUCUAGAUUUAACUUUGGAUUGGAGAUGCUGGAAGGAGAGUUUACGGUCUAACCAGACACCUAGGUAUUUGUAGUUGUCCAGAUAUUCUAAGUCAGACCUCCCGAGAGUAGUGAUUCUAGUCGGGCGGGCGGGUGCAAGCAGCGUUCGAUUGAAGAGCAUGCAUUUAGUUUUACUAGCGUUUAAGAGCAGUUGGAGGCUACGGAAGGAGUGUUGUAUGGCAUUGAAGCUCGUUUGGAGGUUUGUUAACACAGUGUCCAAUGAAGGGCCAGAUGUAUACAAAAUAGUGUCGUCUGCGUAGAGGUGGAUCUGAGAGUCACCAGCAGCAAGAGCGACAUCAUUGAUGUACACAGAGAAUAGAGUCGGCCCGAGAAUUGAACCCUGUGGCACCCCAAUAGAGACUGUCAGAGGUCCAGACAACAGGCCCUCUGAUUUGACACAUUGAACUUUAUCUGAGAAGUAGUUGGUGAACCAGGCGAUACAGUCAUUUGAGAAACCAAGGCUAUUUAGUCUGCCAAUAAGAAUGCGGUGAUUGACAGAGUCGAAAGCCUUGGCCAGGUCGAUGAAGACGGCUGCACAGUACUGUCUUUUAUCGAUCGCGGUUAUAAUAUCGUUUAGGACCUUGAACGUGGCUGAGGUGCACCCAUGACGAGCUCGGAAACAAGAUUGCAUAGCGAACAAGGUACGGUGGGAUUCGAAAUGGUCGGUGAUCUGUUUGUUAACUUGGCUUUCAAAAACUUUCGAAAGGCAGGGCAGGAUGGAUAUAGGUCUGUAACAGUUUGGAUCUAGAGUGUCACCCCCUUUGAAGAGGGGGAUGACCACGGCAGCUUUCCAAUCUCUGGGGAUCUCAGAUGAUACGAAAGAGAGGUUGAACAGGCUAGUAACAGGGCGGCUAAUUUUAGAAAGAAAGGGUCCAGAUUGUCUAGCCCAGCUGAUUUGUAGGGGUCCAGAUUUUGCUUCAGCCAUGUUGUUGUGUUGGGUAGGAAAUGUGAAUUAAUGGAAAUGUUUGUUAGGGCAAAUCAAAUCUGACAUUUUUAAGUGGAAAUGAAAAACUUUAGAAGCCUUUUUAAACCUAGAAUACAAUACAAGUUUGCAUUUCCUGCAAUGCAGGAACAUUCCUACUACAACAGGAUGUCAAAUUAAGAUACGGCAUCUGUAUAUGCAUGCACACAAUGAGUGAUGAUCAAUGGGAAUUAAAGCUGCAAGUUUUGAGGGAGAUCUGAAUGGAAUGGCUAUUUUAUGGUUACAGUUAUUGCUAUUGGCAUGGUUCUGACCUUAUUUGGUUAGCUUAACGGUCAUGGUAUGCUAGUGUUAGGCUGUACGUUCUGGUACAAUCCAGUCAGACAACAAAAUAAGCUAAAAUGUUUUCACCACACUGGGCAUUGCAGCUGCAAAAGCACCGAUACAAUUCGCACAAGCAUAUAUUUAUACCUUCCAAUUAGGCGGAGUGUACAAUCAGUAAGUUCCUCCUAUUGGAGUUAUAGUGGCCCAGCAUGAGUCCAGAACCUUCGUGCUCCUCCGUUCCUUUCACAGGACUUCAUAUCAGUCAGGCGAGGCCUUGAGUUAUUGGGAGUACACAUUCCUACAGUCCACUGCAGUCCACUAAAUACUGUAAUUACACAUUUUAUACACAAAGAGCUUAAACCUAACAUUACUUUCAAUCUCUAAGAAUAUAUAUAAAAAAACGGUAUAUUCAUACUAAGAGAAUAUAAUGAUAUAAAACAGUAAAGAUAUUAGACAGUGUUAUAGAACAGUAAUUAUGGUCUAUCAGCUCUAACCCAGACACAUGGCUCCUAUUCAACCCUUACGGAAUCAUUCUUACACCCAGAGACAGGCCCCCUUUGUACUUUCCCUCUGCCCAAAUACAAUGCACAUCGAACAUGAUCUAUGUACGUUGUAUUUAGGCAGAGGGAAAGUACAAAGGGGGCCUGUCUCUGAGUUUAAGAAUGAUUUGUGAUAAUUACUACUGCUAGGCUAAUUAUACAAUUAUAAACAGAUUAAAAGGGGCUCAAGUCAGAUAGUCUCCAACGCUAUGGUCAUUGGUGAUAAUGUGGUCAUAAUUUUAAUGACUUCAUAUCUCCUUCCUCCCAUUGUCUGUGAGGUCUGUCACUGCUGUUUCUGUGUUCUGAUAGGCCGCAGCUCCCCAGUCCCGCCCACCACACCUGUAGUCACCAUUCAGCAGCCUCCCAACGCCGUGGGAGGAUGGGAUUGGAACAAACCUGCAGCUCCAGGUAAGCUCUACUCAUGUGUAAUAUUCAUGGACAAUAUCUGCAGAGACAGUGGUCUGAGAACAGAGGAACAACCAGCUGCCAUGAACAACAGAGAGCUAUGGCAUGCCAUCAUCCAGCGUACUGUGCUGCCAUGAGUAAGCAAGCGUGUGUAAUAUCAGAAUGGACUAAAUAGGGACCUCUGCUGGUGCUUAUGAGAACCACAUUUAUAGGACUACAGUGCCGACUUCUUUGGAAAUAUGAAUUUGUUCUUAAUUGACCUGCCUGGUAAAAUAAAGGCUAAAUAAAAUAAAGUAUUGCAUAGUAUUUCAGCUGUGUUAUUGUGUGUUCUGUGUGAGGAGGUGGUUUCAGUAUGGGCAGCAAGUCAGCCAGUACAAGUCCUACUGGGUCGGUCAACAACACUCCCACACACCAGGCCAAACCCAACACUCUGGACCCCUUUGCUGACAUCGGAAACCUGGGGGGAAGUCUGGGAGGUCAGUGAAGGUUUUAAGUACUGUACUAACGGAUACUUUAAAUAUGUUAUGUCCAUGGGAGGCUGUUGGGAAGAGCUAUAGGAAGAUGGGCUUAUUGCAAUGGCUGGAAUGGAAUCAAAGGAACGGAUUAAAACAUGGUUUCCAUAUGUUUGAUGUGUUUGAUACAGUUUCAUUUAUUCCAUUCCAGCCAUUACAAUGAGCCCGCCCUCCUAUAGCUCCUCCCACCAGCCUCCUCUGGUUAUGUCAUAUAAUGUCAUGUCAUGCUACGUUAUGUUAUGAUAGUUGUGUUACACUACCCCUUACAUCUCUGUCUAUAGGAGGCUCUGGGUUCUCCAGUAAGCCCACCACCCCUACAGGCACCACCCCUGCCUUCCCCCCCAUGGGCUCCCCCUCACGGCCUCCUCCCUCGCCCCAGCACGGUGGGGGCUGGCAGGCCAACACAGGCUUCCCCUCCUGGAAGCCCGGUGGUGGUGGUGGUGGUGGAGGUGUAGGGCAGGCUGGGUGGCAGCCCCAACCCCAGAGUCAGGGUGGUCCACCCCCCCAGGCCAAGCCCAGCCCCAGCCACUCCAUGCCCCACACCUCCCCCUCCAACAGACCCAACUACAACAUCAGCUUCUCUGCCAUGGGAGGAGGACCUGCUCCCAAUGCAGCCGGGAAACAACAGCCCAACAUGGGUGAGUCAGUGUGAGACUGGGAGGCUGGUUGUUAUCACACUGGGAUGGGUAGACUGUUGGGUUGUGUUCGCCCGAAAAUGACUCCUGUUGCUCUGUAUUAAUGUACAAAUGUGCCACCUGAAACUGACCUGCAUGUAUUGGGCUCCCGAGUGGCGCAGCGGUCUAAGGCACUGCAUCUCAGUGCUUGAGGCGUCACUACAGACCCCCUGGUUUGUUUCCAGGCUGUAUCACAACCGGCCGUGAUUGGGAGUCCCAUAGGGCGGCGCACAAUUGGCCCAGCGUCGUCCGGGUUUGGCCGGUGUAGGCCGUCAUUGUAAAUAAUAAUUAGUUCUUAACUGACUUACCUAAAUAAAGGUUAAAUAAAAAAACUAUUUAAAAAAGUAUGUGAUCUGUGCAGGUAGUCAUUCAUGAUACGAUUGCAUAUAUACUGUAUUAUAAGUGGAUGAGAGAAGAUGUUACUUUCUCUCUCCCAGGUACCAAGCCCAAAGUUGCAACGGCUAACUUUGAUGACCUGCUGUCUGGCCAAGGCUUUGCUGGAGCCAAGAAAAAGGAAGGUCCCAGGACAAUAGCAGAGAUGAGGAAGGAGGAGAUGUCUAAAGAGAUGGACCCCGAGAAACUCAAGGUAGUUUUACAGUGGCAAUCACUAGCCUUGGACCAAGAGUUGGAGAGUGUAGUGAAGAUAGAACUACAGGGGGGAGGAGGGUCCAAUGUUGGAGUGUCUUUUGACAGCCAAAGAAAAACAAGCUAGCUAUGUCAAGAUUUUGAAGAAGGCCUGUGAGAUCUGUGUUGUAUCUGGCCCAGACUCUCCCCCCUCUACCUUCAGAUUCUGGACUGGAUCGAGGGGAAGGAGCGUAACAUCCGGGCCCUGCUGUCCACCAUGCACACAGUGCUGUGGGAGGGGGAGACCCGCUGGAAGCCUGUAGGCAUGGCUGACCUGGUGACCCCAGAGCAGGUCAAGAAGGUCUACCGUAAAGCUGUGCUGGUGGUCCAUCCAGACAAGGUGAAAGGGAAGGAAGAGGUUAACACUACACACAGUGUAACACAUGCACACGUACAGUGAGGGAAAAAAGUAUUUGAUCCCCUGCUGAUUUUGUACGUUUGCCCACUGACAAAGACAUGAUCAGUCUAUAAUUUUAAUGGUAGGUUUAUUUGAACAGUGAGAGACAGAAUAACAACAACAAAAUCCAGAAAACCGCAUGUCAAAAAUGUUAUAAAUUGAUUUGCAUUUUAAUGAGGGAAAUAAGUAUUUGACCCCCUCUCAAUCAGAAAGAUUUCUGGCUCCCAGGUGUCUUUUAUACAGGUAAGGAGAUGGAAUUAGGAGCACACUCUUAAAGGGAGUGCUCCUAAUCUCAGCUUGUUACCUGUAUAAAAGACACCUGUCAACAGAAGCAAUCAAUCAAUCAGAUUCCAAACUCUCCACCAUGGCCAAGACCAAAGAGCUCUCCAAGGAUGUCAGGGACAAGAUUGUAGACCUACACAAGGCUGGAAUGGGCUACAAGACCAUGGUGAGAAGGUGACAACAGUUGGUGCGAUUAUUCGCAAAUGGAAGAAACACAAAAUAACUGUCAAUCUCCCUCGGCCUGGGGCUCCAUGCAAGAUCUCACCUCGUGGAGUUGCAAUGAUCAUGAGAACGGUGAGGAAUCAGCCCAGAACUACACGGGAUGAUCUUGUCAAUGAUCUCAAGGCAGCUGGGACCAUAGUCACCAAAAAAACAAUUGGUAACACACUACACCGUGAAGGACUGAAAUCCUGCAGCGCCCGCAAGGUCCCCCUGCUCAAGAAUGCACAUAUACAGGCCCGUCUGAAGUUUGCCAAUGAACAUCUGAAUGAUUCAGAGGAGAACUGGGUGAAAGUGUUGUGGUCAGAUGAGACCAAAAUCAAGCUCUUUGGCAUCAACUCAACUCGCCGUGUUUGGAGGAGGAGGAAUGCUGCCUAUGACCCCAAGAACACCAUCCCCACCGUCAAACAUGGAGGUGGAAACAUUAUGCUUUGGGGGUGUUUUUCUGCUAAGGGGACAGGACAACUUCACCGCAUCAAAGGGACAAUGGACGGGGCCAUGUACCAUCAAAUCUUGGGUGAGAACCUCCUUCCCUCAGCCAGGGCAUUGAAAAUGGGUCGUGGAUGGGUAUUCCAGCAUGACAAUGACCCAAAACACACGGCCAAGGCAACAAAGGAGUGGCUCAAGAAGAAGCACAUUAAGGUCCUGGAGUGGCCUAGCCAGUCUCCAGACCUUAAUCCUAUAGAAAAUCUGUGGAGGGAGCUGAAGGUUCGAGUUGACAAACGUCAGCCUCGAAACCUUAAUGACUUGGAGAAGAUCUGCAAAGAGGAGUGGGACAAAAUCCCUCCUGAGUUGUGUGCAAACCUGGUGGCCAACUACAAGAAACGUCUGACCUCUGUGAUUGCCAACAAGGGUUUUGCCACCAAGUACUAAGUCAUGUUUUGCAGAGGGGUCAAAUACUUAUUUCCCUCAUUAAAAUGCAAAUCAAUGCGUUUUUCUGGAUUUUUUUGUUGUUAUUCUGUCUCUCACUGUUCAAAUAAACCUACCAUUAAAAUUAUAGACUGAUCAUGUCUUUGUCAGUGGGCAAACGUACAAAAUCAGCAGGUACACACGUACACACACACACACUCAUGCACGCGCACACGCACACACACAGACACACACACACACACACAGGGGCGUCAUGCACCCCAAAAAUCUGAGGGUGCACAAAGUACGUGAGGAUGGCUGGGGUAUGGUCAGGUGGGGGGCUAGGACGUAAAGUUGAAUAAUUUAGCAUUUUUCAAACACCUGAAAUAGCUUUUUCAUACAAUCUACACUCUUAGAAAAAAGGGUUCCAAAAGGAUUAUUUGCCUGUCCCCAUAGGAGAACCCUUUUGGGUUCCAGGUAGAACCGUUUUUGGUUCAGUUAGAAGCCUUUUGGGUUCCAUGUAGAACCCUUGUGGAAAGGGUUCUUCAUGGAACCCAAAAGGGUUCUACCUGGAACCAAAAAGGGUUCUUCAAAGGGUACUCCUCUGGGGACAGCCGAAUAACCAUUUUAGGUUCUAGAUAUAACCUUUUUUUCUAAGAGUGUAGAGCAAUACUCACUAUAUAUAUUUUGUGUCUAUUUGUCUGCAUAUCUAAGCAUACCUCUUGAGCUGUCUGUAUCCUCCUGACUGGUGGUUCUUUUUUAAAAGAAACUAAAUAUGCUUCUCUGCAUUUCUGCUAAAAUCUAGGUAAGAGAUUGAAAGGAAUGUGUGUCUUAUUCAGUACAUUUAGUUAUUUCUGGCUUUUCUAAAGGGGUCUAAAACCUUUUCUUACCCAGGGACGCCCGCCCAGGCAAACUGGCGACCCAGGGACCCCCAUCAUAUGUUAGCAUGAUGAAUGAUAAUGGCAAGGACAAGUCAUCAACAUUUUAAAAUGAAAAGAUUUGGUAGAUGGUUUUUCAUUAUUUUGACCUCCCCACAUAAUUGGAAGAAGUGUAAACUCUAACAUAGCCUAUUAGCUAGAAUGGUAACUCCAAACUAGGGCUUUGAUGAUUAUGGAAUUUAGGGUAUUGAUUGAUUGUCAUGCAAAUGAUCACAGUUAUUUUCAUAAUUGUUAUUUUUGUUAAAACAAAAUUGAGCUUGUAAUGCAUCAUAACAUCUUAGAAAAUUAGCUACAAUAUACCCAAUAAAUACAACACAGCUUUGGUGACACCCUUGUCUCAAAAACAAAUGGUUAUGACUGCUUAGAACUUUUGGAAAUUAAGCUUCUCCUCCCAACCGUGCCGUUCUGCUCGUAAAAUGAUUACCAACUUUACCCACUUCAUGUAAAAAUUAAAAACUGCUAUUGGGUAAACUAAAUCUACUUUAAUAUAAAGUUGAAUCCCCCCUUCUCCUAAAAUGUAUGUAUUAAGACGACUAUGGCAAUUAUUAUACGAUAAUUGUGGGUGCAGUCUCUUGUCCCCCUCGUUCCGCUGUGAAAGGACUGCCCCUGCUCUGGUGUCCGAGGUGUUCACCUCUACCACGAAGGGACGAGUAGAAUCAGUAUGAACGAGGAUUGGUCCGGAAGUGAAACAUCCCUUGAGCUCCAUGAAUGCCCUGUCAGCCUCGGGGGUCCAGCCAAAACAGGUCUGGGACUUGCGGGUUAAGGCCGAGAGGCGCUGCCACCGCACCAAAGUUGCGUAUAAAACGCCUGUAAAAAUUGGCAAACCCGAGGAACCGCUGGACCUGUUUGAGUGAGGCGUCGGGGCCAGUCGGUGACCUCCUUAACCUUAACGGGGUCCAUUUGGAUGCCGGCGGUAGAGAUAAUGUGGCCCAGGAAAGAGACUUGGGAUACAUGGAACUCACACUUCUCUAUCUUGACAUAUAGUUGACUCUGCAGGAGGUGUCUCAGGACUUGUUUUCCGGAAGGGUCUUGGAGAAGAUCAGGAUGUCGUAGAGGUAAACAAAGACUAACUGAUUCAACAAAUCCCUAAGAGUGUCAUUGCCCAAUGCUUGGAAGAAUGCCGGCGAGUUCGAUAAUCCGAAUGGCAUGACCAAAUACUCAUAGUGGCCACUAGGGGUGUUAAAGGCAGUUUUCCAUUCAACUCCCUCCCUGAUUCUCACCAGAUUGUAAGCGUUGCGGAGGUCCAGUUUGGUGAAGAAUUGGGCCCCUUGAGCCAGCUCCAAGGCUGCGGACAUCAGGGGUAGGGGGUAACGAUUCUUAAUCGUAAUCCUGUUCAGCCCUUGGUAAUCGAUGCAGGGACGCAGACCUCCAUCCUUCUUUCCCACGAAGAAGAAGCCUGCACCAGCUGGGGAUGUUGAGGAGAGAAUUAAACUUGUCUCCAGCGACUCCCGGAUGUAAUUGUCCAUGACUGCUGCUUCAGGGGUCGAGAGGGAGUAAAGACAGCCUCGGGGAGGGGUGGAGCCGGGUAGGAGUUCUAUGGUGCAGUCGUAUGGACGAUGAGGAGGGAGGGUGGCGGCUUGCUUCUUACUGAAGGCCUCCCGGAGGUCGAAGUAUUCGGUAGGGAGAGCGGAGAGGUCUUGGUCUUCAAUAGAUGCAGGGGGAUGCGGCGAGGCUCUUGGUGGGGGUCUUCGACAUUUAGGGCUUACAUUUGCAGAGGGAUGGGACAUUUCACGCAGGAGAUUUGUAAUUCUCUGGCGAAGUCUUGAUCAAUGAAAUGAUCCGUGGCCCCAGAGUCCACGAAGGCUUGAAUCUUGUGCUGACGGUUGUCCCAGUGGAGGGUUGCGGGUAGUGAGAAACGGUGACUGGGUAGCCGGGGUGAAACUGCACAGCCCGUCAGGGUCUUCCCUUGUCCUGGCGAGCACUGGUGUCUCCCGUCAGCUCUGGGCAUGUAGCACGGAGAUGGCCGAGACCUCCGCAGUAGAGGCAGCAGCAGAGGUCAGACUGUCACGUUCCCGUGGGCUCAGACGUGUGCGUCCCAGCUGCAUGGGCUCCUCAAUGCUGGGCUCGGCGUCCCAGCUGCUUGGUGUACUCAGGAAACCGGGAUACUGGGGUGGUGUCAAAAAGGUGCUGUCUCACAUGUUCUCGGAGGCGGUUGUCAAUCCUGAUUGCCAGCAUUAUCAGGGACUUGAGGUCCUCUCCCAGUUCCCGAGAGGCCAGUUCAUCCUUGAUGGAGGUAGACAGACCCUGGUGGAAAGCGGUGACCAGUGCCUCCGUAUUCCACCCACUCUCGGCGGCGACUGGUCUGGCCCCUUGGUGGAUGUUGAACAGUCGGCUGGCCGCUUCUCGUCCGCCGACUGGGUGGUCGAAGACUCAUCGCAGCUCGGCAGUGAAGGCUAAUAUGGAGCUGCAGGGUGGUGGCUGCUGUUCCCACACCGCCGUUGCCCACGCCAGGGCCUUGCCCGAGAGUAGAGAGAUGAUUUAGGCGAUCAUGGCUCAAUCGGUGUGGAACGAGGAGGACUGUAGCUCGAACACCAGAGAGCACUGAGUGAGGAACAUCUUGCAUCCUCCCAGGUGGCCGUCAUACUGCUCGGGGGCUGGGAUCUUGGGUUCCCGGUGCAGGUACCCUGGAGGAACUACGGCGACACCUGUAGCACUGGGAGAUGAGACUUGGGCAUUGGCUCCUCCUGGGUUGGGGUGGGACUGUGGUUGCACAACCAUAGAAUUUCUGCAUAAACUGUCAGAAACCGUCUCAGAGAAGCUCAUCUGCUUGCUCGUCGUCCUCACCAGGGUCUUGACCUGACUGCAGUUCGGCGCUGUAACUGACUUCAGUGGGAAAAUGCUCACCUUCGAUGGCCACUGGCAUACUGGAGAAGUGUUCUCUUCACGGAAGAAUCCUGGUUUCAACUGUACCGGGCAGAUGGCAGACGGCGUGUAUGGCGUCGUGUGGACGAGCGGUUUGCUGAUGUCAACGUUGUGAACAGAGUGCCCCAUGGUGGCGGUGGGGUUAUGGUAUGGGCAGGCAAAAGCUACGGAAAACGGCCCAUUGUCUUGCCAUUUAUCCCCCGCCAUCACCUCAUGUUUCAGCAUGAUAAUGCACGGCCUCAUGUCGCAAGGAUCUGUACACAAUUCCUGGAAGCUGAAAAUGUCCCAGUUCUGCAUACUCACCAGACAUGUCACCCAUUGAGCAUUGGGAUGCUCUGGAUCGACGUGAUACUGACUGGUUUUCUGAUCCACGCCCCUACCUUUUUUUAAAGGUAUCUGUGACCAACAGAUGCACAUCUGUAUUCCCAGUCAUAUGAAAUCCAUAGAUUAGGGCCUAAUGAAUUGAUUUCUAUUGGCUGAUUUCCUUAUAUGAACUGUAACUCAGAAAAAUCUUUGAAAUUGUUGCAUGUUGUGUUUAUAUUUUUGUUUAAUGUAGUUCAACAUUUGUUUAGUCUGUUGUUGCUAGCGAUAUAAAAACAUUGAAAUAAAACAUAUUUUCCCACUUUUAUAUACAUUUGAAGUCGGAAGUUUACAUACACCUUAGCCAAAUACAUUUAAACUCAGUUUUUCACAAUUCCUGACAUUUAAUCCUAGUAAAAAUUCCCUGUCUUAGGUCAGUUAGGAUCACCACUUUAUUUUAAGAAUGUGAAAUGUCAGAAUAAUAGUAGAGAAAAUGAUUUAUUUCAGCUUUUAUUUCUUUAAUCACAUUCCCAGUGGGUCAGAAGUUUACAUACACUCAAUUAGUAUUUGGUAGCAUUGCCUUUAAAUUGUUUAACUUGGGUCAAACGUUUCGGGUAGCCUUCCACAAGCUUCCCACAAUAAGUUGGGUGGAUUUUGGCCCAUUCCUCCUGGCAGAGCUGGUGUAACUAAGUCAGGUUUGCAGGCCUCCUUGCUCGCACACGCUUUUUCAGUUCUUCCCACAAAUGUUCUAUAAGAUUGAGGUCAGGGCUUUGUGAUGGCCACUCCAAUACCUUGACUUUGUUGUCCUUAAGCCAUUUUGCCACAACUUUGGAAGUAUGCUUGGGGUCGUUGUCCAUCCACAUCAUUUUCCUUCCUCAUGAUGCCAUCUAUUUUGUGAAGUGCACCAGUCCCUCCUGCAGCAAAGCACCCCCACAGCAUGAUGCUGCCACCCCUGUGCUUCACGGUUGAGAUGGUGUUCUUCGGCUUGCAAAGUACCCCCUUUUUCCUCCAAACAUAACGAUGGUCAUUAUGGCCAAACAGUUCUAUUUUUGUUUCAUCAGACCAGAGGACAUUUCUCCAAAAGGUACGAUCUUUGUCCCCAUGUGCAGUUGCAAACCGUAGUCUGGCUUUUUUAUGGCGGUUUUGGAGCAGUGGCUUCUUCCUCGCUGAGCGGCCUUUCAGGUUAUGUCGAUAUAGGACUCAUUUUACUGUGGAUAUAGAUACUUUUGUACCUGUUCCCUCCAGCAUCUUCACAAGGUCCUUUGCUGUUGUUCUGGGAUUGAUUUGCACUUUUCGCACCAAAGUACGUUCAUCUCUAGGAGACAGAACUCGUCUCCUUCCUGAGUGGUAUGACCGCUGCGUGGUCCCAUAGUGUUUUUACUUGCGUACUAUUGUUUGUACAGAUAAACGUGAUACCUUCAGGUGUUUGGAAAUUGCUCCCAAGGAUGAACCAGACUUGUGGAAGUCUACAAUUGUUUUUAUGAGGUCUUGGCUGAUUUCUUUAGAUUUUCCCAUUAUGUCAAGCAAAGAGGCACUGAGUUUGAAGGUAGGCCUUGAAAUACAUCCACAGGUACACCUCCAAUUGACUCAAAUGAUGUCAAUUAGCCUAUCAGAAGCUUUUCCAAGCUGUUUAAAGGCACAGUCAACUUAGUGUAUGUAAACUUCUGACCCACUGGAAUUGUGAUACAGUGAAUUAUAAGUGAAAUAAUCUGUCUGUAAACAAUUGUUGGAAAAAUGACUUGUGUCAUUUAGUAGGUGUCCUAACCGACUUGCCAAAACUAUAGUUUGUUAACAAGAAAUGUGUGGAGUGGUUGAAAAACAAGUUUUAACGACUUCAACUGUAUAGACUGUCUAACUUGAUUGAUAGCCUGAAAUGGCUUCUUGGUAGCUAGUUAUGAGGUUGGGAGAUUGGGAACCUAUCUGGGCUAACUAAAGCCAACUUCAUAACAUUGGUAUGUGGCUAGUAGUAUUACAGAGAAAAAACAAAAAAAUAAACAGGACAAAUCUAUGGGGGGAAAGUGCCCCUGUGCCCCCUAUGGGCAUGACGCUUCUACACACACACACACACACACACACACACACACACACAGUAUGAAAAUGUAUGCACUCACUAACUGUAAGUCGCUCUGGAUAAGAGCGUCUGCUAAAUGACUAAAAUGUAAAAAUGUAAUACCAGAUAGGAUAUAGUAAGGUACUGUACAAUACACACAUUUCACCUGUGCAGUAAAUUACAAUGUGAAUGUACAGUGACAAUGAUUGAAGUUGUCCUCCUUCUCCCCUCUCCCAGGCCACUGGACAGCCCUAUGAACAAUAUGCAAAGAUGAUUUUUAUGGAACUGAAUGACGCCUGGUCAGAAUUUGACAGCCAAGGACAAAAAGCACUCUACUGA